AUGGCCAGGAGCUCGUGGCUGGGAGUAGGUCUGGGACCUGGGAGUACCAUAGGGGAUGGGAGGUAUGGCAGGGGUCUGGGGCUAUCAUAGGACUUUGGAGACGAGUCAGAGACCUGGGGCUUUACGUUAUGGGCAACAGCUGUGUAUCCAGCAUUGGUCUCUCAUGCCCACCUGUCUGGUGGCCCGCAACUUUUUCCCGAGGUGGAAGUACCAGAGUAUUUUACAUCCAGCAGGAGCAGAUGCUUCUCAGUGGCAGACUUAGUUAUUCCUACGGCUGGGUAAGUAACGAGGCAGGCCUAGGCUCUUUCAGCGCAGCACUGCGGUACCGAUGGCCACAACUUUUUCGGAGUCUAGGAGUUCUGCUUUCCAUCCCUGAUCGGCCAAUCUGCCUGCCUGCCUGUGACACCUCUUCUCUCCCCCGGGGAAUCACGAUCUGAAGUGAGAUUCCCAGAAGUCCAUGCUGCAAGGGAGGAGAGGAAGGAGGAGAGAGUCGCCCUUCUCUGGAUGUGGGAGUAGACUGUUCAUUAGAAGAGAUCAGCGAGAGAGAGAGAGAGGAGGGAAAGAGAGGAGGAUAGAGUGAAUGUAAACUAAUUAGCGGGAGGGUUUAAAAAUAAAAGGCUGUUGACUUUCUCCUGCCCUGUGGAGGCUAGUUUGCUCUGGGCCAGUUCUAUACUUAUCUGUGCUCUCUCUCAAAGCCACACGCACAUUCAGGUCAGGUACUGUAUGCCAUGUAGGGACGUUUGCCUGUCUGCAGUGCUAUUCUGAUUCUGUUUCCUCGCUUCACACGCAAGCUGCUCCAAAAGCUCAAAAUGCUGCCAUCAACUAUCCUGAAAACAAGUGUUCUAGAUGUACAGUAGCAUAAUCUCCAAAGCUGUCAUUUUUGGGGGUAAAAAUCUCCCUUUAAUCUUUUAUGAGUGUCUGUGUAUUUGUGUACUGUAUGCGAGUGUGUUUGUCUUCAUGAUUGGUUCCAAUGUUUACUCCUAGGAAGAUGCUGAGAGCAGACUCUUUCUCGUCUCUGUCACCCAGUCAGAUUGGAAUGUGUCGUCUUGAUGUCACAUCGCCAUCCCUCCUGUCUCUUUCCUAACACAAAGCAGUAACAUGUCAUGUCCCUGUUCCUCUAACUCUGGGGGACAAUGACUGGUUGUCUCAUUCUUAACAAUCCUCCACCUAAGCCUACCUAGGAAAACAAAGUGCCAGAACCUUUAUUGAAAGUUGAGGAAAAGGAGAAGAAACAGAAGAAAGUGACUUGGCGGCAGGCAGCUGUGUAACAAAGCUGACAGGCACAGCAGUGUUAAUCCCAUCUCUCCAGAGUGCGCCAGAACAGGCAGUGGGGUUUCACAUAGACGCUUAUAGUACAGUACUACCAGAGAGAGAGAGAGAGAGAGAGAGAGAGAGAGAGAGAGAGGAGAGAGUAGAUAGAGAGAGAGCAGAUAGAGAGAGAGAGAGAGAGAGACAAGAGAGAUAGAGAGAGAGAGCGAUAGAGAGAUAAUUACUUAAUACCAGGUAUCUCUCCUCGCGCGCGCGCUCUCGCAUCGCUCGCUCUCCUCUCUUCUCUCUCUCGUCCCUCCCACGAUCAGCAGCUACAAUCGCAUUAAUCUUAUAGAGCUCCAUCUCUCGCUGCUACUCGCUCUAGGCGAGUAGAUCGCGCUCCGAAAGAAGCACCCUCUCUUUGUGUAGUGGUCCAGGCCAUUACAGGGAGAUUAGCCUUGGCAAGGCCGAAUGUAGAACAGAGAGGAUGCUGGGAGCUGUCCAAUCCAAACUCAUUACACUUGUUUUGGGAAGACAUGGAAAUAACUAUUAUUAUACACAUAAUAAACCACAUUAGUAGUGCAUAGUGCAGUGGAGUUCCAGUUAUAGCCCAGGGCAGAGGAGAGAAUCACUCAAAAUGGAACAGCAUGUUGACUGAGAUUUAUAAUGAUGGUCAGUUUAGAGCACAUUUAAUGGAUUUGAUCUCUUUAUUUCUGCCAAAAAGGGGAGGAUGUUUCUUCUUGUUAGCAUUACGUUGAACAGUAGGCUUGUACAGCAGUAUCUCUUGUUUGUGGCAAAGCUCACUUCUGCUAUCUCCUGGUAUGUGGCUAGGCUAAUACAACCUCUCCUGGUCUGUGGCUAGGAUAAUACAACCUCUCCUGGUAUGUGGCUAGGCUAAAUCAACCUCUCCUGGUAUGUGGCUAGGCUAAUACAACCUCUCCUGGUAUGUGGCUAGGCUAAUACAACCUCUCCUGGUAUGUGGCUAGGCUAAUACAACCUCUCCUGGUAUGUGGCUAGGCUAAUACAACCUCUCCUGGUAUGUGGCUAGGCUAAUACAACCUCUCCUGGUAUGUGGCUAGGCUAGACUUUGUUAGCUCGGAGGUACGCCUCCCUCUCAGCUGAUCAGCCUGCAUUCCUCACUGCCUGUCCAUGUAUGGGUAAGAGAAUGGCAGAGAGUAAGAGUGAGCUGCUGAGAUGAGAUGGUCACACUGCUACUUAGUCAACCCUCCCUCUCCAUCCUCCCUGGUUGAAAUCAAACAUUCCAAAUAUGCUUGUUAUUAAAGCAUCAAGUGGGAAUGUCAUUUGGUCAAACCAAUUUCUGUAUGACUUACUUGACAGAAAGAGGGUGGUUAAUCAUCAAAUAGGCUUCUCAUACAUUGUGCUUUGAUCAAAAUAACUCUCACCCUUGAGAAAUAAAUACUGAAAUGUAAAAAGGCUUUCAGUUGACUGAUGUUAAACUGUAUAUAACCUGGUGAGCCAAUCUUGUUGUGUUCUGGAGGGACUGUGAUGUCAACUCCCUCAGCCUCUGUCCAGGGACUGGGACAGGGGUGUAGGAGGUCUGUGAAAGCUCUCUAACAGAGACAGACAAGACAGAGACAAGAUAAAAGAGUUUAGGAGAGGCCCUGAAAUUAUAGUCUGUACAUCAGCCCCCCCCCUUCCAUCUCCGCUCUUUACAGACUAUACACACACCUUUGAGUGUGUGCCAACAACCAAAAUAGAUAUCAUGUUGCGCCUGGAUGAGUCCUCUCAAUGUCUCUACAGAGGCUUUGUAUUUAUCCAUCUCUCUCUCUCUCCCUCGCUUCCUUUUCCUUUUCACAUCUCACUCUGUCUCUUAUCUCUCUAUCUCCCCCCUCCUCUCUAUAUACCCCUCAUGACCAAAGACUAUAGCCUUUGCAGAAAAAAGAAGGAAAAGUUUAUUGUGCAGUUAUGUCUCAGGCCAUUUAGUUUGUUUUUGCUCUUGUUUUAAAGUCUUGCUUCUCUCUUGUUUUUCUAUUGUUGAUUGGCUAAGUAAUUGUUGAGGGCAGAAUGUUGGGGUUACAGCAUAAUUACACAGGCCUAGCUUGAUUUACCACAGUGAGGUUUCCUGGCAACAGGAAAGGGAACUGAGAUAACAUUACUACAGCAUUCAGAUAACAGUAUUGAAGUGAUAUUAUCCUUGCUCAAAGAAAAGUGUUUCACAUCUUCCCAUCAUUGUCUGUCUACACAAAUGCACUGUUGGCAUAGGAAACAUAUGAUCUAGGCAUUUUCUAAGGUAUAGUCAUUAUUAUGUGUUGACUGAAUGGCAAGUGUAUCACUGUGGUGUGUGUGUGUGUGUGUGUGUUUUGUGUGUGUUUUGUGAGCGUGCGUGCGUGUUUGGUGCCUGGCAGUGGUACCAGUGUGAGUCUGUUUGCCAGGCAAACACAGGUCUCCUCUAGAGAGUGUCAUGUUUAUGUUGGUCAUCUCUGUGAAAUCUCCUCAGGACUUUUCCUAGGAGACUCACAAUCCAAAGCAGUCCUAAAAUCAUAAUAUGCAGCAGAAUACUGAAUGUUGAUUCAUCGUGUACGUAUUUAUCUCUGUUUGUGUUGCAUGUUUUUGCUUCCUGUAUCUAUAGAGUGCCUUAGACACACCUGUUGUAGACAGACAGACAGACAGAGCCUCUCAGUAAGACCCUGUCAGACCCCCUCCCUGGCCCUGCUCUUUAGACUGAGCGUCUCCACGUCCCACUGGCACUUCACUAGGAAUAUAUUUCAGGAUGUUGACUGGAAUGCUUGACGACUGUUGGGUUAUUUUCAAACACCCCACACACAGUUCAUCCAUCGAGUCACACGCACACGAAAAUGCAUGCACACAGACUAACACACAGAGACACACACAAGCUCACAUGCCCACACACACGCAUACACACUUUCCUGCUGUGCUGUCAGAACCUGGCCUCGUUGACCUCCCUGUUGACCUAUGGGUUUGUUUCCAGAUUUAGCGGCUGUAGGGCCCCAUGUCAGGUCAACCGUUUUGGACUCCAGGAGAGUGAGGCACUGCUAACAGAUUCCCCAAAUGAUCAUCUCUCUAAUUGUUUUUUUUAAAACAUUGUUACUCCUAUUAAUUAAACAUUGACUGUUGAGCUGCAGGUGGGCUAGCAGCAACUUUUGUUGGGCUCUGUUUUGGUCUCAGGAUUAAACAUAGGCUUACUUCCUCUCUUGACGUCCUUUUCCUGUACUGAUUAGAGUUCAUGGCCCUGUAAUGUCUUAGAAAGAGAGAGAGAGAGAGAUAGAGAGUGAUUUGUUUUCUAACACAGAGGAGUGAUCCAUCUAGCUAAACAAUCAUCUUUUUUUCUUCACUCUAAGUGACUCAGCUGUGAUGUUGUUUCCUGUCCUUUUGUUAACCUCCUCUUUAUUCUCCAGCCCUGGCAUAUGCCAGCGCCCGGGAGCCAGACCACGCCCACGGCUGUACCCAUGGCAGCUGUUACCCGGCAACAGGAGACCUGUUGGUGGGCCGUGAGAAGAGCCUGAAGACAUCAUCUACAUGUGGCUCCAGGAAGAAAGACCCCUACUGCAUCGUCAGUCACUUACAGGUGUUUGUGUGUCUCCAACAUCCUCUCACUCCCCCUACCUACCAUCUCACCUCCCUCUGUCCUGAGCUUCUGUUUAACCUCUGACCUGUGUCACCUCUGACCCCUGUAGGAUGAGAAGAAAUGUUUCCAGUGUGACUCUCGCCGGCCAUAUGAUCCUGUCUACAACACCAUCAGUCACCGCAUUGAGAACGUCAUCACCACGUUCAAACCACACCGCAAGAAGUCAUGGUGGCAGUCAGAGAAUGGUGAGAAUUGAGAUUGCAUUCAUAGGGGUUGCAAUUAUAUCCAUGUUUAAAUGUAUAUACACGGUUUGAUAUUAAAACAUUAUACAUAAAAUCAUUCACCAUGUUGCAACUUUUGAGAAAGUAUAGUGAACCUUUGAUUUUAUGAGAAGCAGUGUUAAAACAGAUUUGUCCUCUAUUUCUGCCCCCUGCCUUUGGUUACAUGACAUGCCCCCCACAUGCAGCUGUCAGUGGUAUGAACUCAUACAGAAUCCAUAUCAGCCGUAUUAUUAGAGGCCUAAUCUUGGUUACUACUAUUAAUAACAGGUCUGUUCAGAGACUGAGAAAGAGAGGGGGAGUGGAAGAGGGAGGGAUGAUGAGUGGAGUAGAAAAGGGCAGAAGGACAGAGUGAGGAAGCAGUAGUGAGAGGGUGAGAUAUGGGGGAGAGAGAGGGGGCCGAGGAUCCUGGAAGCCGCAUUGAGUCAUUACAGUGAGUUCUGGUAGCUCUGUUCUGAAGGGCCUUCAAAACCCAGAGGUCCACAGCCUCCAUCACACUAAAUCACCCUCUGUACUCUGUAGUAGCCUACUAUACUCUGCCUGGACCAGACCCAGACCAGCCACAGGCCCACAGCUGUUUGUAUUGGGAUAAUAACAGAGCAGGCUGUACCCUGGCACUCCAACAAAGACAGGAACGAGAAAGAGAAGAGAGGAAAGGAGGGUGGGGAGGGAAGGGUUCGGAGGAAGAGUGGGAGUCAGAGAGAAAGAGAGAAGGGGUACGCUGACGGAGGGAUAGAGAAUUAGAUUUGGAGAAACUAUUUCAAGAGACCAGCUGAGCAAUUCUCCUUCUUCAUUGUUCAUGAGAGCCCACAUCACUGCAAACAAAAGCCCAUUUCAGGUCUAUUUCUGAGUGAUUGACUACUGUGGACCACUAUAGCACUGCCUGUACUCUAUGUAGAACACUGAGAGGUGGGGGACAGGAAACAGUCACUAUUUUUACUCCCAGUCUCCAUGGCGUUUCUGGCAGGGCUUUAGAGUAUGUGAUAUAAAGCACAGUGGGCUGCUUGUGCUACAUGCGUGUAGACCACAGUCCCUGUGUCUCUCUGGUGUGAGGCCCCUUCCUUUACUAAGUUCCUAAAGGGCUUGGAGUGGAAGGCUGGGUUAUCCAGUGUUCUGUAUAGCAGCUUGGGCCACUUCUACUCUGUGGUACUUUGAAGUGGUACCAAGUAGGCUACAAGAAGGAUGUGCGAGUGGGUUGGUUCCGUUAGUGGAGUGUACCAGUUACUAAUUGCUCUCCAUUAGCCAAGCCUCACAACAGCGGUAAAAAAAUAAUAAUAAUCGCUGUGUCCCCUCUCCCACUCUCCAGUUCUUUCUCUCUUUUCCUUCCCUUGCCCUUUCGCUCUCUUUGCUUCUCUCUCCUCCUCAUUCUCCCUCUCCUCCUCAUUGGCUCUAACACACCCUCCUCUCCUUUCCUCUCCCUCUGUUUCCUUCCUGAUGAGCCUUUCAUUAAUGAGUGCAGGUAAUGGUUCACUGCCUACAGCACAGACUCAUAGCCCUUACGGCCGACAUCCAGUUUGACCUCUUACUCACAAAUGUGUCUCUGUGUGUAUAUACAGUAUGUGUGUGUCAGGGUGGUUUAUGAUUGUAUGAAUCUUCAGAAGAUUUGUGAGACUCUCUCUCUGUUAUUUCCAGAUAUCUUUUUAUUUUAUUGUGUUACUUUUCCACAGGCCUGGCUCCCAUCACACCACACCACAACCUUCCCUGAGGGGUAGAUAGCUAGUGAUGUUAAUGUUGAGGUGCCACCCCGGAAGCUGUACUCUGUCAUUACCUCUCUCAUUGUUUCAUGUGCUGAGUUAUGGAUUUUAUCAUUGUCUUCCUGCUGUUUGGAUUCACUUCAAACUGCAUUUGAAUAUGGGAAAAGAUCCUUAAAGCACUUAGCUUUAUGAGCAUGUGUUUUGGGUGUUCUCAGAGGUUUCCCUUUGAGCUACGUUGUGGCAUGUAGACAUUUCUGAUGGGACUUUUUACUGUGGUUAUUAUGUUAUUUAUAUGCUGUAGCAGUUAAAUGUUCCACCUGCUAGAAGGGGACAUGCCCCCUUGGCAUAAGGCAGAACCUCCUACACUACUAUUGGAACUGAAGACUUCUUCUCUACCAAUUAAUUGUGAAUAAUGGCCCAACUCAAGUGGUUCUUCAGGAUGGAUGGUGCUCAGGAAGUGUGUGGAAUUACCCAUGUGGACGACCACAUCUCCAGCCAAGACGAGAAUGCUUUUUCCUGUUCAGAUGCCAUUACUCAAGCCAAAAGACGGACAGGGUUUUCCCUCACAGCUGGUAGUUGAGUUAUCACUGGUGAAAACAUGGGUUUGCAUUUCCUGUAACAGACAGAUUGACAGGUUGAUUGAGUGCAUAAAUUGUAGAUUUAAUAGCAACAACAUAAAGCUUGACAUAACCUCUCUCUCUUUCUCUCUCCCUCUCUUCCUCCAUCCCUCUCAUUUUGUCUUCAGGAAAGCCUGAUGUCUUCAUUCAGCUGGACCUUGAGGCAGAAUUCCAUUUUACUCAUCUUAUCAUGAUCUUCAAGGUUAGACACAGAGCACUUAGUAACCCUUAGAACAGGGGUCUCCAACCUUUUCUAGCAUGAGAGCUACUUUUUAAAAGAUUAACAUGUCGCGAGCUACUCAUUUUCUUUCUAGCUUUCAAAUAGGCACGUUCUUCUCCUCUCCCCUGCAACUCUUCCCGGGUCUUUAGUGUACAAGAGAAAGUAGUGCACUAUGAUUUCUGUCAAUAUACAUGGGAAAAUAAUGGUUAAUAAACAACUCUAAGGGGGCCCUAUAGAAUCUGUGAUUUCUUCCCCAAAAAUUAUGUUUUAUAUAUUCCCAAAUUAUGUUUUCAUAGUUUUAUUUUUCCUGGUUUUAGAUUUCUUUGAGUUUUUCACUCUCAAAAUUACAGUUAUUCAUAGAGAAACACCGAAAUUGGAUGUUCUGAGUUGAUGUCAAUGCAUAAAUCAUAUCAUAAGACCAUUUAUUCCCCUUUUUUCCAUUUCUGUCAACCCACAAGACGGUUAUCACAUCAACUGGCUACACAUGGAGUGAUAGACAAACGCCUGCACCACACAGACAGAAAGGGGCAAUAUUCAUAGAAAUUAAUUGGCAGAUAUUGUGUUAGGUUUGGCUUUUUAAGCCAAUAGUGGCUAACCAGGGUGGGAUAAUGUCAAUGUUGCGUUGCUUAGAUAGUAGCUGGGAAAUUGCGGUGUCUAAUACUUGUAAGAUUUGUUUAUUACAGUUUGCAGUGGAACACGUGAAAAUUGCAUAUACUUUUGGAAUUGUUUGGUGAGCUACUUGUAGGUGGGCUGUGAGCAACUGGUAACUCACGAUCGACCUGUUGGAGACCCCUGCCUUAGACAGUGUGUCAAAUCUAUGCAGCAUAUACAAAUGUUCUGUGUCUUCAAAUGUGCAACUACACACAUCACACAUCACACCCCUCUCUUGGCACACAGACAUUUCGCCCAGCAGCCAUGGUGAUUGAGCGAUCUGCAGAUUUUGGACGUAACUGGCAGGUGUACCGCUACUUUGCCUACGACUGUGACUCGGUCUUCCCCGGGGUAUCCAAGGGUCCCCUGCGCAAAGUGGACGACGUCAUCUGUGAGUCGCGCUACUCUGACAUUGAGCCGUCCACAGAGGGAGAGGUGAGUCUGAUUGGCUGGGGAUAAAUCAGUCUUCCCUAUGACCACAAGAUGUUGGAAAGACGUUGACAAUACUUAUUGUUGGUUGAAAAUACAUAUUUUUGUUUGAAAAUACAUUGAAAAUACGUAUUUUCAAUGUAUUGUGAUCACUGGAUUACUACAGUUGUAUACAUACAUACAUUAAAAUGGCAUUCAACCACCUGUCCUGUCCGUCUUCUUCCUCCAGGCUAUCUACAGAGUUCUGGACCCUGCCAUCCACAUUGAGGACCCCUACAGCCCCAACAUUCAGAGUAAGAUACACUCAUAGAUGACAUGAUACAGCAACUGCCACCCUACCAUAUAAUUACAAUCUGCCAUGCUCAUACAGUACAACACCAAAACAUAAUGGCCCAUGACAGUCUGCACUCUGGAGUCUGAAGCCUAGCGGGAUGUGAAAACCAGCUGCUCUCUCUCUCCCACACAAGCUGGCCCUUCUAUUUUGACCGGCAUAACUUCACUGUUUUUCCAGGAAUAAGAGCAGCCUUCCCUAAGUAGUGACACGGGAGGUUCUGUUCUUAAGAGUCUUAAUAAAACCAAGGUAUAGAUUGACCCUCACCCUUUAACUGGAUAUGUUUCCAUGUUGUCCAGACAGACACACUCUGAAUGAGUAGCUAGCACACUGGCAUGCUCAUUACUGCUCUCCACUUGUUUAAGGGAACCUGAGUCUAAGUCACUCAUUAGCUCACCCUUAUGGUACAUCUAAUUGGAGCUCUCACUCUAUAUCGGCUUUAGCUCGGGUUUGACAGAGAGAGACACAUUUUGAGGGGGUUUAGUCAUUAAAGUGCUGAAACCUGAUGUGUUCCUGCUGUAAUGGAGGCAGUGGAAUCUGCUAGCGUGCCAUAGAAUAUCAACAUGGAGGGAGGAUGUCUUAGAGGAGGGCGUUAAAAUUAAGGCUGCCUGUCAGGGGGGUAUACCGUUACAGAAUGCCUAUGGUUUAGUUUGAGCACUUUCCCAUGCAGAGAUCCUCCACAGCUAGAGAGCUUAAAUAUGGAUGGCUCUGUUCUGAUAGAGGUAAUCCUGUCAGGGAAGUUGGGGGAGCUAUUAGCAGGAGGUACAUUAGUAUGUUAAUAAUAACAAUGAAAUGACUUUAGCAGUGGCCUCACUGAUACUCAUAAGAGUUGGACAUGGUGUAUUGUGGCCCUGGCAACAGCCUGAUAUUCCCCAAAGUCCUGUGGAACAGUGGAACUUAUUGUCCCACUGGUUUGUGAGAAAGGGAGUGGUGUUUUGCCUGUCAAGGUCUAGAGAACAGGCCUCUUCUGUGUGUGAGAACGGAUACGCUCAGAUAACAGAGGCCAGGAGUACUGAUAGGGCCUGGAUUUGAGGCUGCCAUGCUGCUCUCCCCUCUCUCAUUUUCAGUGUAGAUGAAUGGAACAGAGGUACUCUACACUAAUCUCUUCACUAACUUUAGUUGAAUGAAACAAUAACUCCUGCACUGUAUGUGAGUCAAAUGAAGGUAGGUAAUGGAAGUAACCACACAAAGAAUACUAAUAAGUGUUUAGUAGGAGUACAGUGAAGGUAGCCGCCCCAAAACACUGCUUUUUUGCUUAGAGGUGUGAAUUAUUCUCCAUUUGUUUGUGUUGAAACACUGUGUUCAAGCAGAGAGAGAGUGCUGAUUGAUUCCACACACUGUCUGUAGCGCAUCUCUUUUUCGGUAGUCUGUAGGGGUAAGUUGAGCCAUUUUUUACAUUCAGCAUCACUCCGUCAAGGGAAAUAUAGUAUUCUUUCUAACAAAGAUAUCUACAUAUACUGUAUUUCAGGAUGUUGUUUAUCCCUGGAAAUAAUCAGAAUUCAUGUAAACAUAACAGUUUUGAAAGCAUAGCUUCUCCAAAAAAAGUGGUCUCUUGGCACAACUUACCCCUGGUAUGGGGUAAAUUGAGCCUCAUGACAAGUUAAGCCGCCUACAACUUUCUGUAGUGAAUGAAAUAUUACCACUACCUUUUUAAACCAUGUCUAUCUUUAUUUACCAAACACAAUCACAAUCGCUUGCUCUCUUUUAAUCAUAAAAAAAAAAAUCUAUAACAGAAAAUAUCAUUUUUACAGCUGUUUGAAGCUUGUGGACCAAAAUGUUACUUUCAGUUUUGGUCCACCAGCUUCAAACAGCGGUUUUGGUCUACCAGCUUCGAGCAGCUGUAAAAGCAAUAUUUUUGUUAUUGAAAAUAUAUUUAAUUUAGAUGGUACAAUAAUUCACUACACUAUUCAGUGCUUGUUUUCUCACAUAAACUGAAAUUGAGCGAACAGUGUAGAAUUUUUGCAACCAGGAAAUGAUCGAUUUCCACUAGAUAACACAACCACAAAGUCAGAACAGCUUUCUCAGUUUGACAACAGAUUCCGCUCCGGCGGGAGAAAUCAAUAGGCGAAUAUCACAGCCAAUCACAACACUGGCAGGUAAGUAACAGUGGUGUAAAGUACUUAAGUAAAAAUACUUUAAAGUACUUAAUAAGUCGUUUUUGGGGGUAUCUGUAUAUUACUAUUUAUAUUUUUGACAAGUUUUUAUUUUACUUCACUACAUUCCUAAAGAAAAUAAUGUACUUUUUACUCCAUACAUUUUCCCUGACACCCAAAGUACUCGUUACAUUUUGAAUGGCUAGCAGGACAGGAAAAUGGUCCAAUUCACACACUUAUCAAGAGAACAUUCCUGGUCAUCCCUAUUGCCUCUGGUCUGGCGGACUCACUAAACCACAUGCUUCGUUUGUGUCAGUGGGUGCUGUAGGUGGGUGUGGUGCAGGACGCAGAAACUUAGUCCAAAAGACUUUAGUGAAUAAUCCCUUAGAACACGAGCCAAAAAAGCCCGGAGGCGAGAAAAUACGCACACAGGCGUAAAUAACAAAAUGCGCACUAACAUGUGCGAGAACCCUCUCCAAACAGAGGAGGAAACAACGAAGCACAGACAACCAACAGUAGCGCAAUCACACACAACACAUGACAAAACACAACGAGAACUUAUAGGACAAUAAUGAGCGGUAAACGAUAACAGGUGUACAACAUAAAGACAAAACCAAACGAACAUCGAAACAUACAACGGUGGCAGCUAGUACUCCGGGGACGACGACCGCCGAAGCCUGCCCGAGCAAGGAAGAGAGGCAGCCUCGGCCGAAACCGUGACAGUACCCCCCAUUUGACGCGCGGCUCCAGCCGUGCGCCGACCCCGGCCUCGGGGACGACCAGGAGGACGCGGAGCAGGGAGCGUCGGAUGACUAUGGUGGAAUUCUGUCAGGAGAGACGGGUCCAAAAUGUCUCUCCUCGGCACCCAGCACCGUUCCGCCGGGCCGUACCCCUCCCACUCCACGAGAUAUUGGAGACCCCCCAUCCGACGUCUUGAAUCCAAGAUGGACCGCACGGUGUACGCCGGUGCCCCCUCGAUGUCCAAUGGGGGCGGAGGAGUCUCUCUGAUCUCAUCUUCCUGGAGUGGACCAGCUACCACCGGCCUGAGAAGAGACACAUGGAACGAGGGGUUAAUACGAUAGUCACUAGGCAGUUGUAAUCUGUAACACACCUCGUUCAGUCUUCUCAGGACUUUAAACGGCCCCACAAACCGCCGACCCAGUUUCCGGCAGGGCAGGCGGAGGGGCAGGUUUCUGGUAGAGAGCCAGACUUGAUCACCAGGUGCGUACACCGGCCCCUCACUGCGGUGGAGAUCGGCGCUCGCCUUCUGACGACGGAUGGCCCGCUGCAGGUGGACGUGUGCAGCGUUCCACGUCUCCUCCGAGCGCCGUACCCACUCAUCCACCGCAGGAGCCUCGAUCUGGCUCUGCUGCCACGGUGCCAGAACCGGCUGGUAACCUAACACACAUUGGAAAGGGGUUAGGUUGGUUGAGGAGUGGCGUAGGGAAUUCUGGGCCAUUUCUGCCCAGGGAACAUACCUUGCCCACUCCUCCGGCCGGCCCUGGCAGUAUGAUCUAAGAAACCUACCCACAUCCUGGUUCACACGUUCCACCUGCCCAUUACUCUCUGGAUGGUAACCCGAGGUCAGGCUCACCGAGACCCCCAAACGCUCCAUAAACGCUCUCCAGACUCUGGAGGUGAACUGGGGACCUCGAUCAGACACAAUAUCCUCGGGUACCCCGUAGUGCCGAAAAACGUGGGUGAAUAGAGCUUCGGCGGUCUGUAGGGCAGUAGGAAGACCCGGCAUAGGGAGCAAACGACAGGCCUUAGAGAACCGGUCCACAACGACCAGUAUGGUAGUAUUCCCCUGCGAGGGGGGAAGGUCUGUGACGAAGUCCACCGAGAGGUGAGACCAUGGUCGUUGUGGAACGGGCAGGGGUUGUAAGUUACCCCUAGGCAGAUGUCUAGGCGCCUUACACUGGGCGCACACCGAGCAGGAGGAGACAUAAACCCUCACAUCCCUGGCUAACGUUGGCCACCAGUACUUAGCGCUAAGGCAGUGCACUGUCCGGCCAAUACCAGGAUGUCCAGAGGAGGGUGACGUGUGAGCCCAAUAGAUCAAUCGAUCCCGAACCUCGAGCGGAACGUACGUCCGACCCUCCGGGCAUUGAGGAGGACUAGGGUCGGUGCGCAACGCCCGCUCGAUCUCAGCAUCGACCUCCCACACUACCGGUGCCACCAGACAAGACUCCGGCAGUAUGGGAGUGGGCUCCACGGACCUCUCCUCCGUGUCAUACCGCCGAGACAGUGCGUCUGCCUUACCGUUCUGUGACCCAGGGAUGUACGUGAUCUUAAAUACGAAGCGGGCUAAAAACAUGUUCCACCGCGCCUGGCGAGGGUUCAGUCUCCUAGCUGCCCGGAUGUACUCCAGGUUACGGUGGUCAGUCAAAAUGAGAAAAGGGUGUUGAGCCCCCUCAAGCCAAUGCCUCCACACCUUUAGGGCCUGUACCACGGCUAACAGCUCCCUGUCCCCUACGUCAUAAUUUCGCUCCGCCGGACUGAGCUUUUUGGAAUAAAAGGCACAGGGCCGGAGUUUAGGUGGCGUGCCGGACCGUUGCGAAAGCACGGCCCCUAUACCGGCCUCGGACGCGUCCACCUCUACCUGAAAUGGUAAAGCGGGAUCCGGAUGCGCCAGCACCGGAGCCGAAGUAAACAGGUCCUUCAGUCUCCCAAAAGCCCUGUCCGUCUCGGCUGACCACUGCAAACGCACCGGACCCCCCUUCAACAGAGACGUUAUGGGAGCUGCCACCUGUCCAAAACCCCGGAUAAAUCUCCGGUAGUAAUUUGCAAACCCCAAAAACUGCUGCACCUCUUUAACAGUGGUUGGAGUCUGCCAAUUACGCACGGCUGACACCCGGUCAACCUCCAUCUUCACCCCUGACGCAGACAACUGAUAACCCAAAAAGGAGACCGACUCCUGGAAGAACAGACAUUUCUCUGCCUUGACAUACAGGUCGUGCUCCAACAGCCUCCUCAACACUCGGCGCACCAGGGCUACAUGCUCGGCUCGGGUAGAAGAGUACACAAGAAUGUCAUCUAUGUACACGACCACCCCCUGCCCCUGCAUGUCCCUGAAGAUCUCAUCCACGAAUGAUUGGAAAACUGAAGGAGCGUUCAUCAACCCGUAUGGCAUGACGAGAUACUCGUAAUGACACGAGGUGGUACUAAACGCUGUCUUCCAUUCAUCGCCCUCUCUAAUGCGUACCAAGUUGUAAGCGCUCCUGAGAUCUAAUUUUGUGAAGAAACGCACCCCGUGCAAUGACUCCGUCAUGGUCGCAAUCAGCGAGAGUGGAUAACUGUAUUUCACCGUGAUCUGAUUGAGACUACGGUAAUCAAUGCACGGGCGUAACCCUCCAUCCUUCUUCUUCACAAAAAAGAAAUUCGAGGACGCAGGGGAAGUGGAUGGCCGUAUGUAUCCUUGUCUCAGAGAUUCGUCUAUGUUAGUCUCCAUAGCUCUCUUCUUCUCUUGAGACAGUGGCUACACAUGACUCCGUGGGAGCGCUACUCCUGCCUGGAGGUCUAUCGCACAAUCUCCCUGCCUAUGAGGAGGCAACUGCGUCGCCCUCGAUUUACUGAACACGAUAGCCAAAUCCUCAUACUCGGGGGGAAUGUGCAAUGCGGGCACCUGGUUUGGACUCUCCACCGAGGUCGCCCCCACGGAAACACCUAGACAUCGCCCCACACACUGGGCAGACCACUCCAUCAGAGCCCUCUCCUGCCACGAAAUAGACGGAUUAUGGAGACUCAACCAGGGAAUUCCCAGCACCACCGGAUACGCAGGAGAGUCGAUCAGAUACAGUUGGAUAAUCUCCUCAUGACCCCCCUGCGUACACAUCCUAAGUGGUGCUGUGACCUCCCUGAUCAAGCCCGAUCCCAACGGACGGCUAUCUAGGGCAUGAACGGGGAAUGGGACAUUAACAGGAAGAAGGGGAAUCCCUAAUUCUAAACAACAUUUACGAUCAACAAAAUUCCCAGCCGUGCCUGAAUCUACUAGCGCCUUAUGCUGGGAAUGAGGUGCAACCUGUGGAAAACGCACAGGUAGACAGAAGUGCGCAACAGAGAGCUCUGGGUAAGUGGGGCGCCUACUCACCUGGAAGGACUCCCCAGUGCGGAGCCUGCCGUCUUCUCCCCUAGGAGACCCUCCCCAGCACCUGGCCGCGGUGUGUCCUCCACGGCCACAGUUGGUGCAGGGGACGGCCUCCCUCGUGCUCCGACCCCUCCUCUCUCUAGCGCCAGCUCCCCCGAGCUCCAUCGGGCUCGGCUCGGAGGUGCUGGAGGAUGGAAUGGACGGACCCCCCUCGGAACGUCCGCGGGUAGCCAGCAGGGUGUCCAGCCUGAUGGACAUGUCCACUAACUGAUCGAAAGUGAGGCUGGUAUCCCUGCAGGCCAGCUCCCGACGGACGUCCUCCUGUAAACUACAGCGGUAGUGAUCUAUGAGGGCCCGCUCAUUCCACCCUGCAUCCGCCGCUAGAGUUCGGAAUUCUAAAGCGAACUCCUGGGCGCUCCUCCUCCCCUGCCGGAGGUAGAACAGACGCUCCCCCGCCGCUUUCCCCUCAGGUGGAUGGUCAAACACAGCCCUGAAGCGGCGGGAGAACUCAGAGUAGGUGAUAGUGGAGGCGUCUAUUCUCCUCCACUCGGCGUUGGCCCAUUCCAACGCCUUGCCGGUAAGACAGGAGAUGAGGGCGGGCACACUCUCGUGUCCCGAGGGCGCCGGGUGUACGGUGGCCAGGUAUAGUUCCACCUGCAGAAGGAAGCCCUGACACCCGGCAGCGGUCCCAUCAUAUGCCCUCGGGAGCGAGAGCCGAAUUCCCCUGGGUUCCGGAGCUUGAAUGGGCUGACUGGCCGAUGGUGAUGGCACGGGAGGUGGAGUUGUGGGUGUCCCUCUGGUCUCCCAGCGUUGAAGGGUGUUGAUCACGUCCUGAAGGGCGGUCCCGAUACGAAGGAUCUGAUCGUUCUGCUCACGGACCCGUUCCUCCAGAGACUCAGGUGCUGCUGCGGCUCCUGCUGAUUCCAUCUUUAGGGUGUGUGAUUCUGUCAGUGGGUGCUGUAGGUGGGUGUGGUGCAGGAAUCAGGCGCAGGACGCAGAAACUUAGUCCAAAAGACUUUAGUGAAUAAUCACUUAGAACACGAGCCAAAAAAGCCCGGAGGCGAGAAAAUACGCACACAGGCGUAAAUAACAAAAUGCGCACUAACAUGUGCGAGAACCCUCUCCAAACAGAGGAGGAAACAAUGAAGCACAGACAACCAACAGUAGCGCAAUCACACACAACACAUGACAAAACACAACGAGAACUUAUAGGACAAUAAUGAGCGCUAAACGAUAACAGGUGUACAACAUAAAGACAAAACCAAACGAACAUCGAAACAUACAACGGUGGCAGCUAGUACUCCGGGGACGACGACCGCCGAAGCCUGCCCGAGCAAGGAAGAGAGGCAGCCUCGGCCGAAACCGUGACAGUUUGUUUGUUAUGUCUGAGUGUUGGAGCGUGCCCCUGGCUAUCCGGAAAUUAAAAAAACUAGAGAAUGGUGCCAUCUGGUUUGCUUAAUAUAGGGAAUUUGAAAUGAUUUACACUUUUACUUUUAAUACUUAAGUAUAUUUUAGCAAUAAUAUUUACUUUUAAUACUUAAGUAUAUUUAAAACCAAAUACUUUUACUGAAGUAGUAUUUUACUGGGUGACUUUCACGUUUACUUGAGUAAUUUUCUAUUAAGGUAUCUUUACUUUUACUCAGUUAUGACAAUUGGGUACUUUUCCCACCACUGGUAAGUAAUACUGUGAAACACUAUCAUUCCACUAUUAGUGCCAGAUACAUUACUGAAAUUAAUAAUGCAAAAAUAAAAAUAAAUCAUAUGUGUAGCACCUUUAAUCUAAACACUUCUUUAAACACUUUUAACAUAGGCCAGGCCCUGUUGUUACCUCAUAUCCCAGCGAUAAUGUCUUGCAUUACGCCUGGGAAGAAAAUGCUUCAAUUUGCUAAUCUUGUCAUUGGCACAACUAUUGUCUCAACUUACCCCAAGGCAAACAUUUUGACUAUAGUAGCCCACACAGCUACAAGGAUGCACUUUCAUGCUAGGUUUAGGACCUCAUAUUGAAGCUUAUAGAUACCCCAACUGAUGUAUAGAACAGUCUUAAAAUGAUAUACUUUAGUUUAGAUACAAGCAUCAUGAAACUAACAAUAUAUUCAUUUGACUUGGGGAAAAUCCGUUUUUUUGGACCUAACUUGCUUACCACUUUUCCAUGUGGUUUCUUUCUUCACAGACUCCAUGAAAUGAUGACCUCUUCGUAAAUAUUUGGUAAAAUGAUACAUUUUGUGUAUGGUUUCCUAGUGAACAGCUGGAGCGUGACUGACAGCAGGGAAUGUUCUGUGCACAGUAGCAACCUACCGUCCCUCUGUGAGAGUUUAUCAAGGUUGCGUCCCAAAUGGUACCCUAUUCCCUUUAUAGUGCACUACUUUUGACCAGGGCCCAUAAGGCUCUGGUCAAAAGUAGUGCACUAUAUAGGGAAUAGGGUACCAUUUGGGAAGCAACCCAAGUCUCCUAACAACACCCUCCCUGCCCCUGCCCUUUCAGUCCCCCCUUAUUUUCACCACUCCUCCCGAGGUCUCUCCUUCUUACCCCGCCAGGGCCUGUACUGCCCCCCCCCCCCCCCCCCCCCCACACCCACAAAGGAAAGGUAGCUGUAACCUUUCCUUUGGCUUUGAAGUAUAGGAAUUAGGAUGUUCAUAUAGCUCGUUGUAUAUCUUGUUGUAUAUCUCCUAAUCUCUCUGUCUCCCCCCUCUACCUCUCUUCUCUUCCUCUUGUAUCCUGAAGACCAGCUGAAGAUCACUAACCUGCGUGUGAACUUCACCAAGCUGCACACCCUGGGAGAUAACCUGCUGGACUCCCGCGUGGAGAUCAAGGAGAAGUACUACUAUGCCAUGUACGAGCUGGUCGUCCGCGGCAACUGCUUCUGCUAUGGCCACGCCUCCGAGUGUGCCCCCAUCGAUGGGAUCAAGGAUGAGGAGGGCAUGGUAAGUAAGGGGAACACAGCACUGCCCCCUAGUUGUAUGGAGGAAGACUACCCUAUAUAGAUUGCUGUGUAUGAAAACAGAGGCAUCUGUGCAGAGAGGAGUUAGAAUGUGAGGGUUUGUUUAGAAUUCCCUGCGAUUUGUGUAAUUCAGCCUCCCUGUCUCCCAGGUCCAUGGGAGGUGUGUCUGCAAGCACAACACGAAGGGUCUGAACUGUGAGCUGUGUGAUGACUUCCAUAGCGACAUGCCCUGGAGACCGGCUGAGGGACGCAACACCAACGCCUGCAAGAGUGAGUGGUGGUGGACCACACCAUAACAAGCAACAUCUCUUACUCCUCUCCUAACAUCACUGAUUAUUAUUAUUAUGAACACACCAGUCAUAAGUCAUAACCAAAGGAAUGAGAAUCUUGAUUAUGAUGUUAGUUUCUGUACCCUUUGUCUCUCCCAGAAUGUAACUGUAACGGCCACUCCAACCAGUGCCACUUUGACAUGGCGGUUUACCUGGCCACGGGCAAUGCCAGCGGUGGCGUCUGUGACCACUGUCUCCACAACACCAUGGGACGCAACUGUGAGAUGUGUAAACCAUUCUACUAUAAGGACCCCAGCAGGGACAUCAGAGACCCAGGGAUCUGCAUUGGUGAGUAGAGGGGAUCGACCCUCAGGACUGGGGCACAGGAACUGUGUGUAUAUUUCUCACAUUAUCAUUCUGUGUAUGAGUGAUGGCAUAGGUAUGUACGUGUACAGGUUAUUUUCACGUUUGAAUCCCUGGUGUCACUUUAUGUCCAUUAGAUGUUAGUGUGUUUACACGUUUUCUAGGUAGUACGUACUACUGUAUGAUUAUGGUGGUUAAGUUUAACAGGAUGUUUGUUGUCUUCCUCCUGCCAGCCUGUGACUGUGAUCCUGAUGGUUCCCUGAACGGGGGCAUCUGUGACGGGCAUGACGAGCCGUCCUUGGGCAUGAUCGCUGGGCAGUGCCGCUGUAAGGACCACGUGGAGGGGCAUCGCUGUGACAAAUGCAAGUCUGGCUUCUUCGGCCUGAGUGCAGAGAACCCCCGCGGGUGCCAACGUGAGUGGAGAGGAGCACAAUCAUGAUUCAUUCUGACAAAUUGCACUGAUUGUAGUCCAAAUGACCCCCAUUUUGUGUAUUUUUUAUGUUAGAUUUUGGAACAAUCUUUUGUUUAAUAUUUUUUGUUAAUCUCUCUCAGUGCUUUGAAUAAAAUAAUGUAUGCCCCCAUAACUACUACUAUGCCCCCCUCAGCCUGCCAGUGUGACCCCAGGGGUACUGUGUCAGAGAGCCCAAAGUGUGACCCUGUGAGCGGGGACUGCUUCUGCAAGCGACUGGUCACUGGACGCAGCUGUGACCAGUGUCUGGUAAGGGUCCAGGAGAGCCUCCCUCUUCUAACCAUAACACACAGAGAUACACUCUCUCUUCCCUCUCUCGGCUCUCUCUCAUUUGUUUCUCUCUCAUCUCCCCCCCCCCCCCCUUCCUUUCAUUCAUACACUACCAGUCAAAGGUUUGGACACACCUACUCAUUCAAGGGUUUUUCUAUAUUUUUUACAUUUUAGAAUAAUAGUGAACACAUCAAAACUAUGAAAUAACACAUAUGGAAUCAUGUAGUAUUAUUCUACAAUGUAGAAAAUAAUAAAAAAUAAAGAAAAACCCUUGAACGAGUAGGUGUGUCCAAACCUUUGACUGGUACUGUACAGACAUGCAUACAGUGAGGGAAAAAGGUAUUUGAUCCCCUGCUGAUUUUGUACGUUUGCCCACUGACAAAGAAAUGAUCAGUCUAUAAUUUUAAUGGUAGGUUUAUUUGAACAGUGAGAGACAGAAUAACAACAAUAAAAUCCAGAAAAACCCAUGUCAAAAAUUUUAUAAAUUGAUUUGCAUUUUAAUGAGGGAAAUAAGUAUUUGACCCCCUCUCAAUCAGAAAGAUUUCUGGCUCCCAGGUGUCUUUUAUACAGGUAACGAGCUGAGAUUAGGAGGUCCUAGGUGGUCCUCUGUAGCUCAGCUGGUAGAGCAAUGUGCUUGUAACUCCAGGGUAGUGGGUUCGAUCCCCGGGACCACCCAUACACAAAAAAAAAAGAAAUUAAAUAAUGUAUGCACACAUGACUAAGUCGCUUUGGAUAAAAGCGUCUGCUAAAUGGCAUAUUAUAUUAUUAUUAUAGGAGCACACUCUUAAAGGGAGUACUCCGAAUCUCAGCUUGUUACCUGUAUAACAGACACCUGUCCACAGAAGAAAUCAAUCAAUCAGAUUCCAAACUCUCCAUCAUGGCCAAGACCAAAGAGCUCUCCAAGGAUGUCAGGGACAAGAUUGUAGACCUACGCAAGGCUGGAAUGGGCUACAAGACCAUCGCCAAGCAGCUUGGUGAGAAGGUGACAACAGUUAGUGCGAUUAUUUGCAAAUGGAAGAAACACAAAAUAACUGUAAAUCUCCCUCGGCCUGGGGCUCCAUGCAAGAUCUCACCUCGUGGAGUUGCAAUGAUCAUGAGAAUGGUGAGGAAUCACCCCAGAACUACACGGGAGGAUCUUGUCAAUGAUCUCAAGGCAGCUGGGACCAUAGUCACCAAGAAAACAAUUGGUAACACACUACGCCGUGAAGGACUGAAAUCCUGCAGCACCCGCAAGGUCCCCCUGCUCAAGAAAGCACAUAUACAGGGCCGUCUGAAGUUUGCCAAUGAACAUCUGAAUGAUUCAGAGGAGAACUGGGUGAAAGUGUUGUGGUCAGAUGAGACCAAAAUGGAGCUCUUUGGCAUCCACUCAACUCACCGUGUUUGGAGGAGGAGGAAUGCUGCCUAUGACCCCAAGAACACCAUCCCCACCGUCAAACAUGGAGGUGGAAAAAUUAUGCUUUGAGGGUGUUUUUCUGCUAAGGGGACAGGACAACUUCACUGCAUCAAAGGGACGAUGGACGGGGCCAUGUACCGUCAAAUCUUGGGUGAGAACCUCCUUCCCUCAGCCAGGGCAUUGAAAAUGGGUUGUGGAUGGGUAUUCCAGCAUGACAAUGACCCAAAACACAAGGCCUGUGGAGGGAGCUGAAGGUUUGAGUUGCCAAACGUCAGCCUCGAAACCUUAAUGACUUGGAGAAGAUCUGCAAAGAGGAGUGGAACAAAAUCCCUCCUGAGAUGUGUGCAAACCUGGUGGCCAACUACAAGAAACGUCUGACCUCUGUGAAUGCCAACAAGGGUUUUGCCACCAAGUACUAAGUAAUGUUUUGCAGAGGAGUCAAAAACGUAUUUCCCUCAUUAAAAUGCAAAUCAAUUUAUAUAAUUUUUGACAUGCGUUUUUCUAGAUUUUGUUGCUGUUAUUCUGUCUUUCACUGUUCAAAUAAACCUACCAUUAAAAUUAUAGACUGAUCAUGUCUUUGUCAGUGGGCAAACGUACAAAAUCAGCAGGGGAUCAAAUACUUUUUUCCCUCACUGUAAGUUGUCCCCUGUAGCUCAGUUGGUAGAGCAUGGUGCUUGCAACGCUAGAGUUGUGGGUUCGUUUCCCACAGGGGGCCAGUAUGAAAAUGUAUGCACUCACUAACUGUAAGUCGCUCUGGAUAAGAGCGUCUGCUAAAUGACUUAAAUGUAAUACCGUUGAAGUUGGAUGUUUACAUACACUUAGGUUGGAGUCAUUAAAACUCGUUUUUUUCAACCACUCCACAACUUUCUUGUUAACAAACUAUAGUUUUGGCAAGUCGGUUAGGACAUCUACUUUGUGCAUGACACAAAUAAUUUGUAUUUAACUUAUAAUUCACUGUAUCACAAUUCCAGUGGGUCAGAGGUUUACAUACACUAAGUUGACUGUGCCUUUAAACAGCUUGGAAAAUUCCAGAAAAUGAUGUCAUGGCUUUAGAAGCUUCUGAUAGGCUAAUUGACAUCAUUUGAGUCAAUUGGAGGUGUACCUGUGGAUGUAUUUCAAGGCCUACCUUCAAACUCAGUGCCUCUUUUCUUGACAUCAUGGGAAAAUCAAAAGAAAUCAGCCAAGACCUCAGAAAAAAUACUGUAGACCUCCACAAGUCUGGUUCAUCCUUGGGAGCAAUUUCCAAACGCCUGAAGGUAAAACGUUCAUCUGUACAAACAAUAGUACGCAAGUAUAAACACCAUGGGACCACGCAGACGUCAUACCGCUCAGGAAGGAGACACGUUCUGUCUCCUAGUGAUGAACGUACUUUGGUGCGAAAAGUGCAAAUCAAUCCCAGAACAACCGCAAAGGACCUUGUGAAGAUGCUGGUGGAAACAGGUACAAAAGUAUCUAUAUCCACAGUAAAACGAGUCCUAUAUCGACAUAACCUGAAAGGCCGCUCAGUAAGGAAGAAGCCACUGCUCCAAAACCGGCAUAAAAAAGCCAGACUACGGUUUGCAACUGCACAUGGGGACAAAUAUCGUACUUUUUUGAGAAAUGUCCUCUGGUCUGAUGAAACAAAAAUAGCACUGUUUGGCCAUAAUUACCAUUGUUAUGUUUGGAAGAAAAGGGGGACAUUUGCAAGCCGAAGAACACCAUCACAACCGUGAAGUACGGGGGUAGCAGCAUCAUGCUGUGGGGGUGCUUUGCUGCAGGAGGGACUGGUGCACUUCACAAAAUAGAUGGCAUCAUGAGGAAGGAAAAUCAUGCAGAUAUAUUGAAGCAACAUCUCAAGACAUCAGUCAGGAAGUUAAAGCUUGGUCGCAAAUGGGUCUUCCAAAUGGACAAUGACCCCAAGCAUACUUCCAAAGUUGUGGCAAAAUGGCUUAAGGACAACAAAGUCAAGGUAUUGGAGUGGCCAUCACAAAGCCCUGACCUCAGUCCUAUAGAAAAUGUGUGGGCAGAACUGAAAAAGCAUGUGCGAGCAAGGAGGCCUACAAACCUGACUCAGUUACACCAGCUCUGUCAGGAGGAAUGGGCCAAAAUUCACCCAACUUAUUGUGGGAAGCUUGUGGAAGGCUCCCAAAACAUUUGACCCAAGUUAAACAAUUUAAAGGCAAUGCUACCAAAUACUAAUUGAGUGUAUGUAAACUUCUGACCCACUGGGAAUGUGAUGAAAGAAAUAAAAGCUGAAAUAAAUAAUUCUCUCUACUAUUAUUCUGACAUUUCACAUUCUUAAAAUAAAGUGGUGAUCCUAACUGACCUAAAACAGGGAAUUUUCACUAGGAUUAAAUGUCAGGAAUUGUGAAAAAACGAGUUUAAAUGUAUUUGGCUAAGGUGUAGGUAAACUUCCGACUUCAACUGUACAUACAUACACCCUCCCGAAGAGUCAUUGGUGUUUCUGAGUGAUUCACAUCCCCCUGUCACUCACAUAACUUCCUUGCUGUGCCAGUAACAGUACCCAGGAAUGUAAAGCCCUGCUUGGGGCUUCAUAUCUAAAUUUAGUCAGGCCUCUCCGGUUGGUGUAGGUUACAGCAUGCUAAAAAUGGUCAGCUGUAGUCCUGACUAAGUGGAUCCUAAACUCUAAAAAGCUACAUUUACCAGACACUCUUAUCCAGAGCAACUUACAGUUAGUGAGUGCAUACAUUAUUUUUAUUUUUUUCAUACUGGCCCCCCGUGGGAAUCGAACCCACAACCCUGGCAUAGGCAAAUGCCAUGCUCUACCAACUGAGCUACAUUCCUGCCAGCCGUUCCCUCCCCUACCCUUGACCAAUUGUGCGCCGCCCCAUGGGUCUCCCGGUCACGGCCGGCUACGACAGAGCCUGGAUUCGAACCAGGAUCUCUAGUGGCACUUUAGACCACUGCGCCACUUGGCAGACGACAUAAAGGCUUGUUUUAAAGUCAAGAACAGACAACCACUAUUUUGCACCCAUAACUUAAGCUCUACCAGCCUGUCCUUUGACAGACAGGAUGUAUCUACAGUAUGUCAUUUUGGAGCUAGGAACACCUGGUUGAGAUAUCUGAGAAGUUACCUAUGAUGUAAGGUCCAGUAACCCUGGCUGAUGUAGUAGGUAGUCAGGAAUGUCAUCUGUCUGGUGCUAACAGCUGUCUGUUUGUCUGCCCACAGCCAGAACAUUGGGCACUGAGUCACGACCUGAAUGGCUGCAGAGACUGUGACUGUGAUGUGGGCGGAGCCACAGAUAACCAGUGAGUGACAGCAUGGCCGCAGGAAGAUGUUCUGGGUUGGGGGUGCUGUCGAGGGGUUACAUGCUUACUGCAUAGAUUUCUUAUGUGUCUUCCCCAGCUGCUCAAUGGAGAAUGGGCAGUGCCGCUGUCGUAGUCAUAUGAUGGGCCGUCAAUGUACCCAGGUGGAGUCUGGGUGGUACUUCAUGGCUCUGGACCACUAUACCUACGAGGCUGAGCUUGCCAUACUGGGACAGGUAACUACUACUUCUUACAGAUAAGACUGGGGUGGACCCUUAUUUGGAUUGUUUGUACUGUCUAUGUUUGACUUUGUGUGAAUGCUUGAUGGUAUUUGUGUGUCUCCAGGGCUGCAGUGUGGAGCAGAGGGAGCACCAGCCUGGGCGCCCUGCCACCUGGACUGGCACUGGGUUUGCCAAGGUCCCAGAGGGCAGCAGCCUGGAGUUCUCCAUCAACAACAUCCCGUACUCCAUGGAGUACGACCUCCUCAUCCGCUAUGAGCCACAGGUUAGUGCCUAGUCACACACAUACGACGCUUGGGCGGUAUCAAGAUUUUCAUAUUGUCAUACCAUCCUUCUCUCAUACCGGGAUUUACGGUAUUACCAGCAUAGCACACAAGGGGGCAUUAAAACGCAAGAAAAGCCCAUUGGGCCUCUAUUACCAGAAUGCUAACAAAAUUAGUACAAACUAAUAGCGAAAUCACAUAGAUGCUGUUAGCUAAAUGCUAACGAGUGAAAACUAACAUAAACUAAUUGCAAAAACAGGCAAAUCCAGCUCAUAAAGUUAUACAAGCAUAUCUAGUAGUAGUGUGGACAUUUACAAGCGAAAGUGAAUGAGAUAAAUUGUGCAAAUGAACAAAGUUAUGAUGCAUGCUUUUCUGAAGGAAGAGCAGUAUGUGUACAUGGAGAAAAUGGGAGAAAAACGGAGGAGGGAAAAAACGCUAGUAGGAAGCACAGGGAAAAAAUGACAGCUGUACAGAUAACUCAUCCACAGCUCUUUGACUUCUGGCAGAAAGCCAUUAUAAGAUAACUGAUGGCAAACAUGUUGUAGUGAAUUGCUUACAAGUGUAACUUCAUCAUCUCAUGUGCGCCACACAACAGAGACUCACUGAUAGAUGUAGAGCGCUAUGGACUCAUUGGCUCACUUUCUCUCAUUGUGCUGUUUACAAACAAACACGUGAGUGGCUCAACUGUUCUGGGGAACAAUGGUAAGCUUCAUAAUGUAAAAUAAUGUGACAGGUAAAAUGAAGAACACAAUCUGCUUUAUCUCUGUAUUGCACAAGUUGACUGCAGAUAUUAACUUAAAAAGUAGCUACAAAUAUUUAAAUGUAUUGAAAAACUUCUAAGAAAUAGUUUUGACAGUAUUGAAAAAUCAUCCCGUGGCUUUUUCCAAAUACCCCGGUAUACGUAUGUACGGUAUACCGCCCAAGCCUAACACAUACGCACAUACGCGCACGUACGUACGCACACACACACACACUCCCUUCUGUUUUCUGGGUGUGCACGGUACAGUGUGUAACUGUAUAUGACUGUUAAUGUGGUGUGUGUGUUGUGUUAGAUGCCACGUGACUGGGGGGAGGUCCGUGUGACGAUCAUUCGGCCAGGGCCCAUUCCCACCAGCAGCCCAUGUGGAAACACCAUCCCUGCAGACGACAUGCUCACUGUGUCCCUGCCUGUAGGAUCCAGGUGAGGGACUCACACACACCUCACCAUGGAAUAUACAGUGCCCUUGUGUCUGGCUCAGGUGACAGUGAUACACUUGUGUAAUUGGAUGUUAGUAAUUUUGUAUUUCCUUAAAGUUUGCAUUUUUCUGUGUGUGGUUUGUGUGUUUGUGUGUGCUGCAGGUUUGUCGUGCUGCCUCAACCUGUAUGCAUGGAGAGAGGAGUGACCUACACUCUUCGCUUUGAGUUCAGUGGCUAUCUGGAUGGGAACAGUAUUCUCAUUCUCGGUACUACCGCUGCCAACAUUCUAGUGGACUCUGUGAGUAUCAAGACUCAACAAAUUGAGCCUCCCGAGUGGCGCAGCGGUCUAAGGCACUGCAUCACAGUGUUGAGGCGCCACAACAGCCGGGGGUUUGAUCCCAGGCUGUAUCUCAGCCGGCCGUGACUGAGAGCCCCAUAGGGCGGCGCAGAAUUGGCCCACCAUCAUCUGGGUUAGGGAACGGUUUGGCCGGGGGGCUUUCCUUGGCUCAUCGCGCUCGUUGUGGCGGCCCGUGCGCCUGCAAACUGACUUCGGUCGUCAGUUGAACAGUGUUUCCUCUGACACAUUGGUGCAGCUAGCUUCUGGGUUAAGUGAGCAGUGUGUUAAGAAGCAGCGCGGCUAGGCGGGUCAUGUUUCGCAGGACACAUGACUCGACCUUCGCCUCUCCCAAGCCUGUAGGGGAGUUGCAUUGAUGAGACAAGAUCGUAACUACCAAUUAGAUAUCACAAAAAAAGGGUAAAAAUUACAAAAUAAAUUAUUUAAAAAACCUUAACACUCAACAAGAUUUGGUCUGCAAAUCUCUUUAUCUCUCUCUCUCUCUGUCUAAUUAUGUUCUUAUGCAGUCCAGCUAACGCUCCUCCCUGCUUCCUCUCCAGAUCUCCCUGCUCCCUCGUUACUCCUCCCUGGAGAUGUUCAUUGGCGGUGACCCCGCCUCCAUCGCCCGGAAGCAGAGCUACGAGCGUUACCGCUGCCAUGAGGGGGCCAAGAGCGUGACACGCCCCCAGAUCAGCGACGUCUGUGCCAAACUCAUCACCAGCAUGUCAGCCAUCAUUAACGAUGGAGCCCUGCGUAAGUCAUUCCAGAAAUUCCCUCAUCCAUAAUCAAGAUCUGCUGUCAUCAAGGAUGCCUGGUAAUUAUUUUCACAAUGAAAUGAAAAUCACUUCUUUUUUCUUCACAGCUUGCCAGUGUGACCCCCAGGGCUCAGUCAGCUCAGUAUGUGACAUGCACGGAGGUCAGUGUCGCUGUAGGCCAAACGUGAUUGGACGUCGCUGUGACCAGUGUGCUCCUGGGACGUACGGCUUUGGACCUGCAGGAUGUAAAUGUUAGUGUCGCACAAAGAGUAAAGGCAACUCCUGGUGUUAUCCAGUAGGGUACAGUAGGGUUUAUUCUGCAAAGGCGCAUUGGACUGUACUGUCUGUCUAUUCCACUUAUGUGAACAGCUGUACUGGUGGCGCCCCCUGCUGCCUCAUUACUUACUGACCCACUCCUCUCUUGAUCUACACUUUCCUAUAAAUCUCUUUCUCUCGCUCCCUCCCUCCCGCUCUCUCUAGCAUGUGAGUGCAAUCUGGAAGGUGUGGUCACUCGGUUCUGUGACCAGCUGACUGGGCAGUGCCCGUGCCGCCCGGGUGCGUUUGGCCAGCGGUGCAAUGGUUGCCAGGCAGGACACUGGGGCUUCCCCAACUGUAAGCAAUGCCUGUGUAAUGGACACGCUGAGGAGUGCCACCAGAGGACCGGAGCCUGUCUCAACUGCAGGGACAACACUGGAGGAGACAAAUGUGACAGGUUAGGAUUCACCAUGGGGACAGUGGGGAAUCUGGAAUAAGAAUUAAGGUAGUCAAUGUAAUGUUAUUGACAAGCCAACUGCUAUUGCUGUAUUUCAAGGUGUGCCAACAGUUACUAUGGCAACCCAGUGUUGGGCACAGGUAAUGGUAACCAAUGUCGGCCCUGCCCCUGCCCAGAUGGCCCAAACAGCGGACGCCACUUCGCUGCCUCCUGUUACCAGGACAACCGCAACAGACAAGUGGUCUGCAACUGUAACCAAGGAUACACAGGUACAGCCCACGCCUCCAUUUCUCCAUUGAGGUGUCUUCUCUUUCUCCCUCCCCUGUUCUUCCUCCUCUUCUUCAGCCAGGGAAGCGGACGAAGGACUUUUGAUCAUGUCUGCAUGAAUGAGCAGAUGCAUCAUAGGGUUGAUGAUGCACUGUGAAAAGAGAUAUGUUAGUGUGAUUAAACUCAGGGAAAAUGUCCAUGGUGUGAUAUUCCAAGUCAUUCGCCAUGUUGGGUCUUUUGGUGAGCCAAAUAGACACUACUCUAGUAGAACGUUUAUCCUACCAGGAAAAAUGUGGAAUGAUAAUGUGUGUUGUUUCCUCCCUUACCCAACUUGGCACAGGGGGGAUGGUUAAGCGCUCCGAGGGUUCCUUCAAGCGUGAGUAAUGAUGAUGGUGACCCCCACCCUCCUUACCAACCCCCCCGCCCCCUGCAUGGCUUCAGCACCCCACCCAUCUAUGGUGCUGUGCCACAGUGCACUCCUGCCUCAGAGUAGAUGGAGCUCCCAAGAUCUGACCAAUAAUCAGUUUAGACAAAUUGUAUAACACAAAUAACUGUGUUUGAGUGAACUUGGGUGAACUCUGAGUCUGGGUGAAAUUCUACAGUGUCUCCUGUGUAUAACAACUAUAAUGUUAUACUGGGCACAUACAGUCAGUGCUUGUUACUCCUGCUGGCUUACACAGGCACCAAGCAGCCGGACAGUCAACCAGCUGAAAACAACAGAAUCUCUGCCACGCUGCAUUUUGCAUUGUGAUUCUCUGCCUCUAUUGCAGACACAAAAGACAGUAACAGGUACAUCACUCAUAGUAGACAAGCUGAAGCUAGUGAGACUACGCCAACCUAUUGUUCAUUCACAUCCACUGUGAGCCUGUGACAGAAAGACAAACAAGCAUUCUGCAUACUCUGCUUUAGACAGCUUUGCUGCAAUCAGCUCAAUAUGAUGUGCUUUACUGUAAACUUACUUACCAUCAACAGCCCCUUCUAUGUGUCAUAUCCUUUUAUUCUAUACAUUUAGUUUGCUCCUCAAAGACAGAAAGACAAAAAAACAAAGACACAAUGAUCACCUAAACACAAAAGAAUAGUAUCACAAUGCCCCUUUAUCAAUCAAGUGAGGAAAUCUUGUCCGUUAAAUGAGGAAGUCCUAUGUUGUGUUCCACUAUGGGUUAGAAUACAGUACUUCCCUGCUAAGAGUGGCCUCUCUCCUUGUUAUGCUGGAGAGACCACAAGACCAGCAGCUGUAGGUUGUCUGUCAGACCCAAAAGUCAGCCCCCCUCACACACCAGCAUACUCUGCCCCCUGUAGCCGUCAGCUGGACUCAAAAAUGGCAAGUAUGUCUCCCUUCCUCUGAAUCCAUAUUAAGAAGAAAUGGGCUCUUUGUAAGAAAAGCUAAUUGUUCACGGUGUCUGCCGAAAGACUGAGCAUAAUCCACUUUGCAACAGUGUGAUCACAGAGAUCCUCACUAAUCACUGUUAAUCUCCUGGGUAACCAACUCCCUUUUAACCCAAGAUAUAAUAGCAUUGCACAAUGAUAAAAUAUAAAAACUAAUCAAAUGUAUAACAUGAUGUUUACAGUUUGAGUAACAUUCUGAUAACUACUUUACUGAUAGUCACUGAGGUGGGUUUCACACACAGCACAUUACUCUGUCUACAGAAGCUAUCACGCUGUAAGCGUCUUGCUUAAGUCCACUGGAAAACAGUUUGGAAAUACUUAAGAUAUACCAAGUCAUUUUUCUCCAUCACCCAGCCAAGAAAUAUCUCAAUCUCUUUUAAUUUUUUUAUUUGCUUUAAAAAAUGUACCCCUUUUUUCUCCCCAAUUUGGUGAUAUCCAAUUGAUAGUUACAUCACUGCAACUCCCGUACGGACUCGGGAGAGGCGAAGGUCGAGAGUCAUGCGUCCUCCGAAACACGGCCCUGCCAAGCCUUACUGCUUCUUGACACACUGUUCGCUUAACCCAUAAGCCAGCCGCACCAAUGUGUCGGAGGAAACACUGUACAACUGGCGACCGAAGUCAACGUGCAUGCGCCUGGCCCGCCACAGGAGUCGCUAGAGCGCGAUGGGACAAGGACAUCCCGGCCGGCCAAACCCUCCCCUAACCCGGACGACGCUGGGCCAAUUGUGCACCGCCUCAUGGGUCUCCCGGUCGCCGCCGGCUGCAACACAGGCCGGGAUCAAACCCGGGUCUGUAGUGCCUUAGACCGCUGCGCCACUCGGGAGGCCUAAAUAUCUAAAUCUCAACAUGAGAUAUUCCACUUUCCAACACUUUCUUUUUUUAAAUGUCCCUCCUUCUCCCUCAACCUUUUUUCCUAUUGGUCACAGGUUCCCGGUGUGAGGAGUGCGCCCCUGGUUACUAUGGUAACCCCUCCCAGCCAGGUGGGCGGUGCCAGCCGUGCAGAUGCAGUAAUAACAUUGACAUGUCAGACCUGGAUGCGUGUGACCGGCGGACAGGAGAGUGUAAGAAGUGUCUCUACAACACAGAGGGACCAGACUGUGGUGUGUGCAAGAGCGGUUACUAUGGAGACGCCUCGCGACGCAACUGCAGAAGUGAGUCACUGUUGACGCAUCCUCUUUACACACCAAAAAACGUAAGAACCUUUAAUUUUAGAAAUGUUGCAUUUAGACUGUAUGUGUUGUGCACCCUAGGAAAGUUUCAAUCUACUCUCUUCCGUAUGUUUUCCCAGAGUGCACCUGUAACUUCCUGGGCACAGAGCAUACCCAGUGUACAGCGCGGGAUGAGUGUGUGUGCCAGCGUGCCACGGGGCAGUGCCAGUGUUUACCCAAUACUAUCGGCCUGACAUGUGACCACUGUAAGCCCAACUACUGGAACCUGGCUAGUGGGCGGGGCUGUGAGGCCUGCGGCUGUGACCUCAACAACGCUGUCAACUCUGCUUGCAACGAGGUUUGUGUGUGUGUGUGGUUCCAUUACUAAGGUGCUUUAUGAGAGACCUCUUCUGUGACCUCAUGCUCAUGUUUGACCUCCCUAUGCCCCAGUUCACUGGAAAGUGUCAGUGUCGUGAUGGAUUCGGUGGGAAGACCUGCACAGACUGCCAAGAGAACUACUGGGGAGACCCCAAGAUCCAGUGCAGAGGUCAGCAUUAGCGUCAUGUAACGUUAUUAUAACUUAUUUAACAUGUUAUUCAUAAGUCAUGGAACAUGUUAUUCAUAAGUCAUGGAACAUGUUAUUCAUAACUCAUGUAACAUGUUAUUCAUAAGUCAUGGAAUAUGUUAUUCAUAAGUCAUGGAACAUGUUAUUCAUAACUCAUGUAACAUGCUAUUCAUAAGUCAUGGAAUAUGUUAUUCAUAACUCAUGUAACAUGCUAUUCAUAAGUCAUGGAACAUGUCAUUCAUAACUCAUGUAACAUGUUAUUCAUAAGUCAUGGAACAUGUUAUUCAUAACUCAUGUAACAUGUUAUUCAUAAGUCAUGGAACAUGUUAUUCAUAACUCAUGUAACAUGCUAUUCAUAAGUCAUGGAACAUGUCAUUCAUAAGUCAUGGAACAUGUUAUUCAUAAGUCAUGGAACAUGUCAUUCAUAAGUCAUGGAACAUGUUAUUCAUAAGUCAUGGAACAUGUCAUUCAUAAGUCAUGGAACAUGUUAUUCAUAAGUCAUGGAACAUGUCAUUCAUAAGUCAUGGAACAUGUCAUUCAUAAGUCAUGGAACAUGUCAUUCAUAAGUCAUGGAACAUGUCAUUCAUAAGUCAUGGAACAUGUUAUUCAUAAGUCAUGGAACAUGUCAUUCAUAAGUCAUGGAACAUGUUAUUCAUAAGUAAUGGAACAUGUCAUUCAUAAGUCAUGGAACAUGUCAUUCAUAAGUCAUGGAACAUGUUAUUCAUAAGUGUGGCAUCAAAAUAUCAGCAGCAGACAUAUACUAACAAUCCCUCACUCUCUCUCUCUCUCUAUCUCUCAGUCUGUGACUGUGACCGCCGGGGCAUAGAGACCUCCCAGUGUGACCAGAAGUCAGGCCACUGUGUGUGUCAGCAGGGGGUGUCGGGCGUGCGCUGUGACCAGUGUGCCCGGGGCUUCUCAGGCCAGUUCCCUAACUGCCAGCCCUGCCACCAGUGCUUCGGGGACUGGGACCGGGUGGUGCAGGACCUGGCUGUCCGCACCAAGGCCCUGUCGGAGCGGGCUCUAGAGAUCCAGACCACGGGCCUGACUGGAGCCUAUGAGAAGGCCUUCAGAGACCUGGAGGAGAAGCUGGCACUGGCCCAGGGCAUUGUCAACGCCCGCAACACCACCGCAGAGGCAGUCAGCAGCCUGAUGGAGCUCAUUGAAGACCUCAGGUACAAGGCAUACACACAGACACUGUAUUAUACUGUACAUAACAAUACACAUACAUCGAUAGACUUUCAGUCUGCAUAAAGAUUCACCAUAAAUAUGCCUCUCUUCCAGUUUUGGAGUUUAACUGUACUUUCCUGUCCCUUUCUCAUGCAGGUCUCAGAUAGGGGAGACCACAGACACACUGAAUAGUCUGGAGGGAGACCUGACCAGUGUGCAGAACAGCAACGUUGAGGCCAGUAAUAAGCUCAGUGCUCUGGAGAGAGAGGCCAAACAGCUGAACCUGACCUCAGAUCAGCUCCACCGUCAACUAGACAUCCUCAAGAACUCCAACUUCCUGGGUGAGCAGAGACUUCCUUUCCCCCUUCCACCAGAGGUUUUCUGGGAUACAUAGUGCCAUAAUGACUGAUGCUAUCAAUGUUUUGUUGUAGAAAUACUUUUUAAAUAUUAGUUAAAUGUAGUAUUAAAUGUGUUCUUAUUAUUAGUUUGCACGCUCAUUCCUCCAGGUGCAUAUGACAGCAUCCGCAGCUCCUAUAACAAGUCCCGUGAUGCAGAGCGGCGAGCCAACCAGUCAACCACCACCACGCCCAGCACUGUCAGCCAAUCAGCAGACACACGCCGCAAGACAGAACACCUCAUCUCUGCCAAGAAAGAUGACUUCAACCGUAAGAACGCUGUCAACAAGCGAGCCCUGGGGGACCUCAAUGCAAAGGCACAGACCCUGGACAUGAAGAAGAUCAACGAGAAGGUGAAGCAAGCAUCAUCUGUCUGAUUGGAUUAAACCCCUUAAACAGCACAAGACCAGAGGAAGAGUUCAGGCAAAGUUAUAAACAAAUGUAGUAAUCUGAUACAUGUUCCUCCCCCACCCCCUUUGAUCAGGUCUGUGGGGCCCCUGGCGAUGCCCCCUGUGCAGAGAGCCUUUGCGGAGGAGCAGGUUGCCGUGAUGAUGAGGGGAACAGGCACUGCGGAGGCCUGAACUGCAACGGUGCCGUAGCGAUGGCAGAUAACGCCCUGAAGAGGUCUAAGCAUGCAGAAAAAGAGCUGAACAAAGCCAUGGGGGAGGUAGAGGAGCUCUUCCACAAGGUCAGUUACAGUGAUAGGAAAUGGAGACCUGCAAAUUCUAUUGCGGCAUGCCACUAAAGCAUACAGCUGUAUCACCUACAGUAUGAGGGUACUUGAUAACAGUUAUCCCUGAUUCUCUGUAUCCCCCUGUAUGGCUUCUCAGGUGGCAGAUGCCAAGACCAAGGCGGAGGAGGCGAAAGGUAAAGCCCAGGCAGCUCUGGACAAGGCCACCAACACCAAGAACAAGGUGGAGCGCUCCAACAAUGACCUGCGAGACCUCAUAAAGCAGAUCCGGGACUUCCUCAUGCGUGAGUUGGCUAAAGUGAUAGGAAAUUCAGAUAUUCUAGGAAAAGUAAGUUCCUUGUCUACAUGGGACCAUACAAGCAAUUUAUCUUAAACUCAGGAUUGUCAUCAUGAUCAUCAUCACUAAGUGUUAACUUCCCAUUCUACGUCAAAAUUAUCUGUGCUGAUCUGAAUAUCCAUCUCCUUGCAGAGGAGGGUGCUGAUCCAGACAGCAUUGAGACGGUGGCCAACCGUGUCCUGGAGCUGUCCAUUCCAGCCUCACCCCAGCAGAUCAGACACCUGGCAGAGGAGAUCAAGGACCGGGUCCGAAGCCUCUCCAACGUAGACACCAUUCUGCAACAGACACAGGAUGAUGUGCGCAAAGCAGAGCAGCUGCUGCAGGAGGCCAAGAAGGCCAGGUGUGUGUGUGUGUGUGUGUGUGUAUUCCCCCCCCCUCCAGGACAUUGAAUAGGCAUAUUGUCACGUUCGUUGAGAGACGGGUCAGACCAAGGUGCAGCGUGGUAUGCGUACAUGUUUAUUAAGACGAAUAAACACUUGACAAAACAACGAAACGUGAAGCUCAAACAGUGGCUACAACAACAAGCCAAACAAGAGUCAAGAUCCCACAACUAAGGUAGGCAACCAGGCUACCUAAGUAUGAGCCCCAAUCAGAGACAACGAUCGACAGCUGCCUCUGAUUUGGAACCACACCCGGCCAACAUAGAUCUAAACAUACUAGAUCUCCACAUACUAGAUCUCCACAUGACACGUGACAGUACCCCCCCCCCCCCCCCCAAAGGUGCGUACUCCGGCCACACCAACCUGACUCAUUAGGGGAGGGUCCGGGUGGGCAUCCAGCCUCGGAGGCGGCUCCGGCUCCGGGCGUGACGACCUCUCCCUCUCUGACUCCCCGUUGCACCCCUGGUCUGUUCUGGACCUCGGCGCGAUGCUUCCCCUCUCCUUCCUCCCACGAUGCACCAAGCCCUGUCUGGACCCUGGUGUGGGAGGCCCCGAACCUGGAGAGGGGCUGACGUCUGGGCCUGGAUCGGCAAUCCUUCCGCGAUGCACCAAGCCCUGUCUGGACCCUGGUGUGGGAGGCCCGACCCUGGAGAGGGGCUGACGUCUGGGCCUGGAGUGGAGCCGCUGACCGGAGCUGAACUGGACCCCGGUGGAGCAGACUGCUCUGGCUCCAGAGUGGAGCCGCUGACUGGAGCUGGACUUGGCACCGGUGGAGCGGACUGCUCUGGCUCCGAAGUGGAUCUGCUGACCGGAGCUGGACUAGGCACCGGUGGAGCGGACUGCUCUGGCUCCGGAGUGGAGCCGCUGACCGGAGCUGGACUUGGCACCGGUGGAGCGGACUGCUAUGGCUCCGGAGUGGAGCAGCUGACCGGAGCUGAACUGGACCCCAGUGGAGCGGACUGCUCUGGCACUGGACUGGAGCAGCUGACCAGAGCUGGACUGGGCCCCGAUGGAGCGGACUACUCUGGCACUGGAGUGGAGCAGCUGACCGGGCUGCGGACACGCACCACUGGUCUGGUGCGAGGAACAGGCAUGGGCCGCACCGGGCUGGGAACACGCACCACUGGUCUGGUGCGAGGAGCAGGCACGGGCCGUGCCGGACUGGAGACGCGCACCACUGGUUUGGUACGAGGAGCAGGCACGGGCUGUGCCGGACUGGAUACAUGCACCACUGGUUUGAUGCGGGAGCAGAUACGGGGCGUACCGGGCUGGCAACACACACCACUGGUUUGGUCGGGGAGCAGGUACGGGCUGUACCAGGCUGGAGACACGCACCACUGGUUUGGUGUGGGGAGCAGGUACGGGGCGUACCGGGCUGGCGACACGCACCACUGGUUUGGUGCGGGGAGCAGGUACGGGCCGUACUGGACUGGAUACACGCACCACUGGUUUGGUGCGGGGAGCAGGUACAGGCCGUACCGGACUGGAUAUGCGCACCACUAGUUUGGUGCGGGGAGCAGGUAUGGGGCGUACCGGGCUGGCGACACGCACCACUGGUUUGGUGCGGGGAGCAGGUACGGGUCGUACUGGACUGGAUACGCGCACCACUGGUUUGGUGCGGGGAGCAGGUACGGGGCGUACCAGGCUGGGGAGGCGCACUGGUGACACAGUGCGUAGAACCGGAGCAGGAUAUACUGGACCGUGGAGGUGUACUGGAGGUCUGGAGUGUACAGCUGGCACAACCCGUCCUGGCUGGAUGCCCACUCUCGCACGACAUGUGCGGGGCGCUGGCACAGGACGCACUAGGCUGUGAAUGCGCACUGGCGACACAGUGCGUAUCUCCGCAUACCUUGGUUCCUCAAUGAACACACGCUCCUUUUGUUGCCUGACCAGCUCCUCUCUCCGUGCAUCCACUACUUCCUUCUCCCUACGGGCCUCCUGCAGCGCCUCCUCUUGAAGGGAGCUCUCCUGCUCUAUUCUCCCUAUCAGCCCCCGUACUGUGGUGGCCUCCUCUCUUAAACUGCAGAUCCGCAGGUCUUGGAGGACCUCUAAAAUAGCGGCCCCCUCCUCUACAGUCAGCCCUUUCACGGCCUCCUGCUGCCUCGUCGACCACCCCGUGUGCCCCCCCCAAAAAAAAUUAUUGGGGCUGCUUCUCUGGCUUUCUUCGUGACCGAGACCUUUUAAGUUGCCGUCUCUCCUCCCUUGCUGCCUCUGUCUGCUCCCAAGGAAGGCGAUCCAUCCCAGCCUGGAUCUCUUCCCAUGUCCAUGAUCCCUUAACAUUUAAUAUCUCCUCCCAAGUCCAUGAUUUCUGCUUCUCCUGGGCAUGCUGCUUGGUCCUUGUUUGGUGGGAUCUUCUGUCACGUUCGUUGAGAGACGGGUCAAACCAAGGUGCAGCGUGGUAUGCGUACAUGUUUAUUAAGACGAAUAAACACUUGACAAAACAACGAAACGUGAAGCUCAAACAGUGGCUACACACAACAAGCCAAACACGAGUCAAGAUCCCACAACUAAGGUAGACAACCAGGCUACCUAAGUAUGAUCCCCAAUCAGAGACAACGAUCGACAGCUGCCUCUGAUUGGGAACCACACCCGGCCAACAUAGAUCUAAACAUACUAGAUCUCCACAUAGAAUUACACAUUACAUAGAAUACUCACACCCUGACCAAACCAACUAGCGAACUCUAUGUCAGGCCGUGACACAUAUUUUCCAGACGUUGAAAAAUACGUAUUUUCCGGACAUUGAAAUCAGGCUCAUUUUUGGUUCUGAAUGAAAGUUGAAAAUAAGUCAUUUAUAGACGUCUAUGUUUGGGCCAAAUCAAGGCUGGUCCAGACCGGACCAAAAAUCUAUAUCCGUGGAUGUUGAAAUCAAGGCCGGUCUGGAACUGCACCAAAAAAAGACGUCCAAAAGGGCUCAGCAUCGGUCUGUGCUUACUGAGGUGUAGCCUACAGUGUUGCCUGAAAUUUUAUUUUAUGAAUGCCCAUCCAUGUGGUAGGCCCACCGUUUGUAAAACAGGCCCUUGCAUUGGCUUUAUUAGUCUUGAUUACUGUGACUAAUCAAUUUGGCUAUUUAAGCUCUGAAUAUCAGCUAGUAGCUACCCAACUUUAUCAGGAGUUAUCGCAAGCCUAUUUGCAAUGUGUUUACACACUGGGAUAUGCAGAAGUAUUUUAUUUUUUGCUAUGAUCAGCUUGUCAAAAAUUGACAGAUACAAACUUGAAACACUGAUCAUGACAAUAGGGUGAAACUUCUGGACAACAGUUGUGAUUGUCCAUUCCAUAUUGUCCAUUUUACUUUGACCAGUUCAGUUUUUAGGAUAUGUUGUUUGUUAACAUGACAGCUAAUUUUUUAUAUGAUUGUGCGCCAUUUAGGUUAGGCUAUUUGAUUGGAGAAACCUGCAUGAUGUAAAAAGUGUCAAUUUCAUUACAUUGUCAUACAUUUUAUCUCCAUUUUAUCUUGGUCAGUUUAGCUCAGAAAAUGCUGCCAUAGGAGGCCGCCUAAUCCUGUCUAAUGAGCGGGCCGGCCGUGCACUCACUAAGUCUCUGGAUAAGAGCGUCUGCUACAUGACUAAAAUGUAAAUGUAAAAUAGACUGACCAGGUGAAUCAAGGUGAACGCUAUGAUCCCUUAUUGAUGUCACUUGUUAAAUCCACUUCAAUCAGUGUAGAUGAAGGGGAGGAGACAGGUUAAAGAAGGAUUUUUAAACCUUGAGACAAUUGAGACAUGGAUUGUGCGUGUGUGACAUUCAGUGGGUGAAUGGGCAAGACAAAAGAUUUAAGUGCCUUUGAACGGGCCUUACAAAAAAAGAUUGCAGUUUUGAAACUGCAGUAAAGGUGUAGUAACUGCAGUUGACUGUGUUAUUUUGGAUGCAGUAAUUGCAGAAUAACUGCAGUAAAAAAAACUUAUUUUGGAUGCAGUAUUUGCAGCAUACUGCAGUUAUACUGCACUCUGACUGCAAUAUUUUUUCGUAAGGGGGGGUAUGGUAGUAGGUGCUAGACAAAAUAUUUAAGUGCCUUUGAACAGGGUAUGGUAGUAAGUGCCAGGUGCACCAGUUUAUGUCAAGAACUGCAACGCUGCUGGGUUUUUCACGUUCAACAGUUUCCCGUGUGUAUCAGGAAUGGUCCACCACCCAACAUGGGCCAGCAUCCCUUUGAAAAGCUUUCCACACCUUAUAGAGUCCAUUCCCGACUAAUUGUGCUGUUCUGAGGGCAAAAGGGGUUGUGUGCAACUCAAUAUUAGGAAGGUGUUCUUAAUGUUUUGUACACUCAGUGUAGAUUAUAGCAGUAUCAAGUAAAAGGGAAUGGUCCAGCACAGCAAGACACUCCUGAUUCUAACAUGUGUUUCCGUUCUGUAGGAAUCGGGCAGAGGGGGUGAAAUCCACAGCAGAGACGGUGAAACAGGCACUUGAGGAUGCUAAGAAGGCCCAGGUCACAGCGGAGAAGACCAUACAGCGGGCUAGGGCUGACAUUGGUGAAACGGAAGCCCGACUAGCACAGGUACUCUACUGAGUGGACACCAUCUAUAUGCAGUUUGAUGUGAUAAAGGAAUCAAAAGAUAAUACAUUCCUGAUGUUUUCCCUGCUUUUAGAUCGAGUCUGAGACCUCCAGCAGUGAACAUGACCUGAAUGAUGCCAUGGACCGCAUGGGCAACCUAGGUCGGGAGAUUAAUGCUCUGAAGCUCAAACGUGCCCACAACAGUGUGGCAGCAGCUCGAGCUGAGGAGACAGCCACUAUGGCACGUGACAAAGCCAAUGAGGCCAAGCAGGUGUGUAUGUUUGUUUGUGUAUAUUUGUGACUGUAAUACCAUGUCUGUUACUGAUUAUGCUGUCUUCUUUCUCUCAGAUUUUAGAUGGCGAGUUGAUAGAUAAGUAUCACACAGUGCAGGAGUUGGUGGACAGGAAAGCCAAGACCAUCCAGGAGGCGAAGAAGAAAGCAGAGCGCCUGAGAGAUGAAGCCAAAGAGCUACUGAAGGAUGCCCAGAACAAGCUCCAGAGACUAGCAGGUGUGUACGAGGGACCCUGGAGGGAUCUGGGCCUCCUUUGUUUUAGAGCAGCAUUACUUUUGAUUUACACACGCUAACCUUGAAGAAUAGCGAAGGCAACAUUGCCCUCUUGUGGUUAAAAGUGUCACUGUAUUGUCUCAAUUUGUCUGAUUGUGGUGUACUUCGACCAGAGACCAAACUGUAGGUCUGUCAGCCAGGUUUGGUUAUUCUAAGAUGAAACAUUAAAAUAUAAAUUUGACAUACUUUAUAUCCACAGAGCUAGAGAAAGACUAUGAAGAGAACCAGAAAACUUUGGAGGGCAAAGCCCAGCAGUUGGAUGGCCUAGAAGACAAGAUGAAGGCUAUCCUCAACAACAUCAACAAGCAGAUCCAGAUCUACAACACUUGUCAGUAACAGCCAGGACCUGGCUGGUCAAACCAACACUGACAGACACUAUGUGAAACGACUACUGUUUUACCCUGCUGAGCCUGUACACUAUGCACCUAGCCAUGAAGGUGCCUGUCCGGCUACAUUGUGUAACCGUGCCUUUUUGAUUGUGAGAUUUCACACAACUAAUAUAACAUUGUGUGGCCACAUUGUGUAUUACUGAGUGACUUUCAACUGAAGGAUAGAAGUGCCUCCACAUGACAUUUCAAUUAAAAUGUGUCCAUCUGUGCAUGUAAAAUACAGAAAUUUGCACAUGAUGUUUGUGCCAAAACUCAGAUCACCCCCCAAAACAUUGCCACAUUCAUAAUAUAAAGAAUGCCAAAAAAUAACUUAGAAAUAUAUUGUUCUGGAUAAACAAGCAAUGAACAAAAGUUAUGUAUCCUACCCACUGGAUGAAUGGUCACUUUUUCAUAGUUUCUGAUUUCUCUCCUGGAUUCAAUGAUGGAUGCAUGUUCUCAUUAAACCCUGCAUACAUUAAAUGGUUGGUAUUAUUUUUUGUAAUGGAGAGAACUGUUUUGGGUUUACCUGAAAAUAGACAUUGAAAAAGCAUUUCCACUCUGCACUCGAGAAACUGAAAUUGUGUGACUAUAACACUGGAACACCAUCACUGCACAUAUUAUUAUUAUUAUAAUAAACAUACAUUGAAGAUGCAAUGGUGGGGAUCACCUAAGGAGAAGAUUGUCAACAAAUGUCAUGUCCAAAGUUCAUGUCCUAUUCAAUAUUCCCUUAUAAUAACCCCCCUAUAAUAAACCAGUGUUACUAAUUCCAUGCCCUGCAUGCAUAGCCGCCUGUAGAACCAACCAAGAAAACCUUGGUCACAUGGGGAAGGUUUGGUUUGGUAGCAACAGUGCUGCCUUCAGGAAGUGGCAAGUCUUCGGAGUGGAUUUCGGUUUGGACUGUUUUUGUUCCUAAACAAAGUGCGAGUCAUUGCGCGAGGGCCGGUAAAUUAGGUUGACUCGAUUGAUCGUCAUUUACUAAACCUUUAUUUGCAUCAUAUAUUCGGUAUAUAUAAGAGAUGGGUCCUGGAUAACGAGAAUCUUCGACAAACACCGGAGUACGGGGUUUCGAUUGCAGGCAGGGAUGAGCAGAGGCCCGCGGCGGUAUCAAAGAGCUUAGCGAGGGCUGAAGUCAGAAGUAACGUUACGGACUCGGCGGCAUUGUGCCCAAAGACCGGGAGACGAUCCUCCAAAUUAUACAAGUUUUGUAAGGGCCACUAUUGCUAUUAUUAUUAUUUAAAAAAAAAAUAUAUAUAUAUAUAUAUAUAUAUAACAAGGCGUGAGGUGAUAUUGUCAAUAUAUAUUGGUUGUCUAGCUUAUCGACAUAACAAACGUCAGGUAGCAAACUAAAGCUAGCUAACUGUUGUUAGCUUAGCAGCUAACUAGCUACGUUAGCCUACUCACGUUACAUUGGCAAUUUAGCUAUCCCUGUCAUUAAUGACAUGAUAUAGAUCACAUGUUCACAUUUUAAUGUUCAAUUGUCUGAUUAUUGAACAACUUGAUUUGCCAAUGAUCAUUGACAGCUAGCUGACUUGCCGCAUCAAUGACGCCAUUGCAUCGAGGAUAAAGAGACUGUGGCAGAAAUGUACAUCAAGGUGUAACGUUGUUAACUAGGUAGCUAGCUAGCUAUAGCCAAGUGCAAUUUGUAGAGUUAAACAUUUAUAACUAGCUACUUAAAGAUAUUGUAGUUAGCCAGCAUUGUACCAAAGAGGUAGAUAUUUGCUAUUGACUAAUGUUAGCAAUCGAGGGUGCAACAUUCAUAGGCAACAUACAAGGCAAAACAUUCAAGAUAGUUCGCUACUAGAUACAGCAGCUAAUAUCUCAUUGUUUGGGUGUCUAAUUUGUAGCUAAGUUAGACAGCCACCACCAGUCAGUUUAGCUCUCUAAUAGCUAGAUAAUACUAACUAAUCCUGACUCAUCCUACCCAUGCUAGGUUACGGAGACAUCAUUUAUAGAUCGGCAGGUAAGGGUGCUCUCGAGAGGCUAGAUGUUCUUUACCAUUCGGCCAUCAGAUUUACCACCAAUGCUCCUUAUCGGACACAUCAUUGCGCUCUAUACUCCUAUGUGAACUGGCCAUAUCUGUAUACCCGGCGCAAGACCCAGUGGUUGAUGCUUAUUUAUAAAAACCCUCUUAGGCCUCACUCCCCCCUGAUAUACCUACUAAUACCCUCAUCCUUAACAUACAGCACCCGUUCUGCCAGUCACAUUCUGUUAAGGUCCCCAGAGCACAUACAUCCCAGGUUCGCUCCUCUUUUCAGUUCGCUUCAGCUAGCGACUGGAACGAGCUGCAAAAAACACUCAAAAUUGACAGUUUUAUCUCCAUCUCUACAUUCAAAGUCCCAAUCAUGGACACUUUUACUGACACUUGUAUUGUUGUCUCUACCGUUUUGCCCUUUGUGCUGUUGUCUGUGCCUAACAAUGUUUGUACCAUGAUGUGGUGUUGUCUUAGGUCUCUCUUUAUGUAGUGUUGUGCACUUGUGCUGUCUCUCUUGUCGUGAUGUGUGUUUUGUCUUACAUUUUUAAUCCCAGCCCCCGUCCCCACAGGAGGCGUUUUGCUUCUUGGUAGGCUGUCUUUGAAAAUAAGAUUUUGUUCUUAAUUGACUUGCCUAGUUAAAUAAAGGUUAAAUAAAAGAAUGUAUGCAGAGAAUGUUUGCAAUGUUUGCAGAGAUAAUACUAUCUUACCAAUGUACAGGAAAUGUUUGGAAUUAAAAUGUUUCAUCUGAAAGGGGUGAGGGUUACAAUUUUGGCUAUUUGUGUGUGUGUUCUGUAACAUUUUACAUUUAAGUCAUUUAGCAGGAGCUCUUAUCCAGAGUGACUUGGCUACAGUUAGUGCAUUCAACUUAAAGAUAUUUUCUGGUGCGUUUGUAUACUUUUUAGCCAGUAGUUCUGAAAGUAACGCCCACAAACCAAAAGUGGUCAGUGAAAAUUGCCUACUACCGAAGACAGUGCAGUAUGACGAUAGGCAGAAACUGCUUAUCCAAUAGAUAUCCCCGAUCACACUUGUCGGCGAUGUCAUGGCGACAUUGGUUAGCUAAGCUCAUGCGCAGAAACGCGUCAUUGGGUCUAAUGGUCGUCUCGCGCUGAACUGCGCAUGUGCAGGCCAUCAAAGGCACUCCUUCGAUAUAAAGUUGUUUUUGACAAAUGAAAAGGUGUCACUUUAACACGUUUCUAGUAAUAACAUGUUCAACUGAAGACAUUGGCUUGAAUCUAGGUUGUGCCUUUAGAUUUCAAGAAAAUUCACAACUACGGAAUAAUUUUUCACCUCUCAUUGACUUCUCAAACCCCAGCCUGGUCUGCUUGGUCUGUUUCAUAAGCGUUCCCGGAAGUCUCGUGAUGUUGCACCUCUUGGUUUAGAAACUUUGUGCUGUUACGUCACAAAUAUGCAGAUAUGUGCACCACAUCAUUGCUUUCUAUCUCGCUCUACUGUGUGUGUGUGUCUUGCUAGCUGUCACUCAAAUGGCGAGGGGCUGAAGCCCAUUGGCUGAAACUUGAAUUGCUACGUGGCUGACCCAUGUCGGGGUAAAUGUAGGGAAAAAGGCAUCUCACUGCUUCCAGAAAAGUGUCUUUUAAACUAGGGAUUCCAUGGCUAAUUGAGGGAAGUCUGUAAUUCUGCUCAUAGAUUAUGCGUGUAUGAACUACACAUUGACACAUCCAGCCCAAAGCGGGAGGUAAAAACUUGUCGCCAAAGUACCGGAGCAUGUAUUUUUAAAGAGGGGCUGAACUGGGGGCCCAACUGCAUAGAUGACACUCUUAAUGACCCUUAUGUAGCUCUGCAACACUCAUUUAUAACGGUGUUGGUUUUCUGACUCUUCUCAGGCCCCCUGAUUCUGUUCUGGGAGAGUUCUAACUUGUAACAUCGCCAAGAUAGCUGGACCGGGCAGAAAGCGGCACACCUCAGAACCAGACCCCAGCAGCAGCGACGCCAGCGACGGGCGUUCCGGGAGCGCCAAGUGCCUGAAGAUGGCCAGCAGCAGUGAAUCAGGCCGGCGGAAUGGGGGUCAGCGCAGCGCUGGUGACACCACCAGCAAGAAGAAGCAGAAGGACAGGGCCAACCAGGAGAGCAGGGAGGCCAAGCGAGCAGCAGCAGCAGGGGCCAAUGCAGAGCACAAGAAAGGUGAGAGGGUUAAAGAUGAGCUAUUUUGGGUGCGUUAAGGCAGGAGGGUUUGCCCCUGAGAUGCUCCUUUAUUAGCAAUGCGUGAAGUGUUUGCUGUGAGCAAGCCUAUUUGUUAUGUUGAGCCUAUAUUUUGAUUUGUGUAUGACGUAACAUCUGAAUGCAAAAACCUGACGAUACAAUGGGGAGAACUAGUGAUGUUGAAGGGUACUUCAAGUUUGCUUUGUUUCAUCUAUGGGAGUACUGCUCAGUUCCCUGUUUGUGGUUCCUAAAGGACUUUUGAUACAGGACAUUUGGCUAUAUAAUUUUUGUUUAGCGUCCUCCAGUAAGAUGUUUGUCAUUUGCAGCCUUCUCUUUUAUUGUAGAAUAUAGAACAGGUCCCGUAAUGUGUUAUAUGGGCCUUGGAGGUAUUUUCUUUGUCUUACAAGGUAUCAUCUUCCAGUGUUUCCCCUAUAUUCAUUUAGCUAAAUUGUUUCCGGCACUCCCAAAAAUCGGAUAAAAAAAAAUAAUAUAUAUAUAGUAAAAAAACAAAAACGUUUUCAGUGUAAACUUUAACGACUAAAACCACAUACAGUGAGGGAAAAAAAGUAUUUGAUCCCCUACUGAUUUUGUACGUCAGAGUUAUAUUAUCUCUACAAUAUCAGCUAACGAUUCCAUCAAGCCUGCGAUUAGCACCAGCCCUCAAAGUAAACACACGGCUGCCUUUGGAACGCUGGUUCCUGGCUCCGGUUGGGGAGCCUGCGGAGAUGGUGGGAGAUGAUGGGUGAAACCAGCUGAACGGCCAUGCUCCUGACUGGCUGCCCAGGAGUUAGAGGCCAGGCCACUCACCAUACCCUAAGGGAGGCACACACAACCUGGGACAUAAGGCAUAGAUACAUACAGUGAGGGAAAAAAGUAUUUGAUCCCCUGCUGAUUUUGUAUGUUUGCCCACUGACAAAGAAAUGAUCGGUCUAUAAUUUUAAUGGUAGGUUUAUUUAAACAGUGAGAGACAUAAUAACAACAAAAAAAUCCAGAAAAACGCAUGUAAAAAAUGUUAUAAAUUGAUUUGCAUUUUAAUGAGGGAAAUAAGUAUUUGACCCCCUCUCAAUCAGAAAGAUUUCUGGCUCCCAGGUGUCUUUUAUACAGGUAACGAGCUGAGAUUAGGAGCACACUCUUAAAGGGAGUGCUCCUAAUCUCAGCUUGUUACCUGUAUAAAAGACACCUGUCCACAGAAGCAAUCAAUCAGAUUCCAAACUCUCCACCAUGGCCAAGACCAAAGAGCUCUCCAAGGAUGUCAGGGACAAGAUUGUAGACCUACACAAGGCUGGAAUGGGCUACAAGACCAUCGCCAAGCAGCUUGGUGAGAAGGUGACAACUUUUGGUGCGAUUAUUUGCAAAUGGAAGAAACACAAAAGAACUGUCAAUCUCCCUCUGCCUGGGGCUCCAUGCAGGAUCUCACCUCGUGGAGUUGCAAUGAUCAUGAGAAUGGUGAGGAAUCAGCCCAGAACUACACGGGAGGAUCUUGUCAAUGAUCUCAAGGCAGCUGGGACCAUAGUCACCAAGAAAACAAUUGGUAACACACUAUGCCGUGAAGGACUGAAAUCCUGCAGCGCCCGCAAGGUCCCCCUGCUCAAGAAAGCACAUAUACAUGCCCGUCUGAAGUUUGCCAAUGAACAUCUGAAUGAUUCAGAGGAGAACUGGGUGAAAGUGUUGUGGUCAGAUGAGACCAAAAUCGAGCUCUUUGGCAUCAACUCAACUCGCCAUGUUUGGAGGAGGAGGAAUGCUGCCUAUGACCCCAACAACACCAUUCCCACCGUCAAACAUGGAGGUGGAAACAUUAUGCUUUCGGGGUGUUUUUCUGCUAAGGGGACAGGACAACUUCACCGCAUCAAAGGGAUGAUGGAUGGGGCCAUGUACCGUCAAAUCUUGGGUGAGAACCUCCUUCCCUCAGCCAGGGCAUUGAAAAUGGGUCAUGGAUGGGUAUUCCAGCAUGACAAUGACCCAAAACACACGGCCAAGGCAACAAAGGAGUGGCUCAAGAAGAAGCACAUUAAGGUCCUGGAGUGGCCUAGCCAGUCUCCAGACCUUAAUCCCAUAGAAAAUCUGUGGAAGGAGCUGAAGGUUCGAGUUGCCAAACGUCAGCCUCGAAACCUUAAUGACUUGGAGAAGAUCUGCAAAGAGGAGUGGGACAAAAUCCCUCCUGAGAUGUGUGCAAACCUACUACAAACCAACUACAAGAAACGUCUGACCUCUGUGAUUGCCAACAAGGGUUUUGCCACUAAGUACUAAGUCAUGUUUUGCAGAGGGGUCAAAUACUUAUUUUGCAGAGGGGUCAAAUACUUAAAAUGCAAAUCAAUUUAUAACAUUUUUUACAUGCGUUUUUCUGGAUUUUGUUGUUGUUAUUCUGUCUCUCACUGUUCAAAUAAACCUACCAUUAAAAUUAUAGACUGAUCAUGUCUUUGUCAGUGGGCGACCAUACAAAAUCAGUAGGGGAUCAAAUACUUUUUUUCCCCUCACUGUAUAAAGUAUGUAGAAAAUAUAAUGGAGCUUUAUAUUUAUAAGAUCAUCUGUUCAUACUCGGAGGUAAAAAUGGUGAUGCAAGAAUGAUCACUUUACCUAUAACCCCUUAAAGAAGAACUUGAAAAUAUUAUACUGAGUAAGAAUGUCUAGUACAAGACACACAGCUGAGCAAACAAAUGUACAGCAGCUUUUGCCUAUGUAUUGUGUUUGAAAGUAAGAUGUGAGCGCUGAUGGAGUGAGCUCAUGCAUGGUCACCGGCCAUUUAUGUUGCUGCUCUCUGCUUAAUGCUGAAGAGUUGUAAUCCUAGCUGGUGUAAGGCCGGCCACAGGGAAACAUGCCAUGUCAAGGUCACAAGAGCUGUUGUGCCUCUCUGGUCGGCUCUCUCCAACCAGAAUACAUGAGCCCAAUCAAUCAAUAACUAAUUUACCGCCUGGUGAUAGGCAGGCCAAAACUCCAUCCCACCAAAACAGGCAGAAAUUUCAGGACGUCUUUUCAAACAGCUCUAACACUAAAAGGGCAUUCUCAUCAAUUUCACAAUAUUAUUCCAACCUCAUAGUGUGGAAAUAUAUAUAUAAAACAUAGGAAGAUCAUGUUUUGGACUGCACUGGGCCUUUUAAAAUAGUAAUUUUGCUCUUUGAAAUCAAUGUUUUUUGUUUGGCAUACAUUUUGAUGUGAAAAAUCGGGGUCUCCGUGUAAUUUCGUUAUCGUGGAAUUGCCCGUAGCUAGAUGAGGUAAUAGAGGACACUGUGUGGGUAGGUAGAGACCACAGGAGUUUGACACAUUCAUUGGGGAGAACGGGCUUGUGUUAAUGACUGGAGCAGAAUUCGUGGAAUGGGAUCAAUGGUUUCCAGGUGUUUGAUGCCAAUCCAUUUGCUCCGUUCCGGACAUUAUUAUGAGCUGUUCUCCCCUCAGCAGCCUUCCGUGGUAGACUCACACUGGCCAGCUGGCCCUCUGAAUUCCAUUACCAUGGAAUUGCCCGUACCCCCAGUCCCAUUGUCCACACUGUAUCCUUUGUGACCUUCCAAUGCCUUGGCUGUUGAAUUGGCUAUUGUCUAUGCCAUUCACUGAUUCUCACCAAGCACCUUCCCCGUUUCUUUCAUAUGUUAGUGGUGUAACCCAUUAGUAAAAUACAUAUUUUACUUUCAAUGUAUGUGGCACUAUGUGCAUAGUAAGCUGGGCCUAAAAUUAACACCCCCGUUCGCAGGUCGAUUUUGGCAUUGGCGGGUAAGAAUAUCUAAUUCACCAGCCACGUUGACAGGUGGUCCCACUCAGGGCUGUAGAGUGCAAGCAUUUAAUAAAAAUAGUCAAAAGUCAAGUAUGGGCAUGUGCGAGUUGUGAUUUUAUAGCUGCAGUAGCUGCCAUUUUGUUUAAUGUCUGGUAAAUGUACUAAGAAAUACGAAUCCUAACGUUAUAUUCCACCUCGCGCAGCAACACUGCCUGGUUGGGGGGCUGUGCGCACUGUGAGUGAAGUGCUGAACAAUUCGUUUUUGGAGCGAUGCGGACAGGCAUAAAAGUUGUUUUAACUAAAGUGAGACUUUAUCCUCCUGUUUCUUGAAUAUUUGUUUUGUUCACAAGUUAGGUUGUUUUUCAAUGUUUGAGUUUGUUUCCACUGCUAGCGAAGAGAUGUCGUUGACAUAUACUAGUCAGAUUUUCACAGGCACACGUGAUGACUCAAGUGCAGUGUUCCCAACAGAGAUGCUCGAUCGGGUUAAAGUCUGGGCUCUGGCUGGGCCACUCAAGGACAUUCAGAGACUUGUCCCGAAGCCACUCCUGCGUUGUCUUGGCAGUGUGCUUAGGGUCGCUGUCCUGUUGGAAGGUGAACCUUCAACCCAGUCUGAGGUCCUGAGCGCUCUGGAGCAGGUUUUCAUCAAGGAUCUCUCUGUACUUUGCUCCGUUCAUCUUUCCCUUGAUCCUGACUAGUCGUCCCUGCCACUGAAAAACAUCCCCACAGCAUGCGGCUUCCACCACCAUGCUUCACCGUCAGGAUGGUGCCAGGUUUCCUCCAGACGUGACGCUUGGCAUUCAGGGCAAAGAGUUCAAUCUUGGUUUCAUCAGACCAAAGAAUCUUGUUUCUCAUGGUCUGAGAGUCCUUUAGGUGCCCUUUGGCAAACUCCAGCGGGCUGUCAUGUGCCUUUUACUGAGGAGUGGCUUCCAUCUGGCCACUCUACCAUGAAGGCCUGAUUGGUAGAGUGAUGCAGAGAUAGUUAUCCUUCUGGAAGGUUCUCCCAUAACCACAGAGUAACUCUGGAGCUGUGACCAUUGGGUUCUUGGUCACCUCCCUGACCAAGACCCUUCUCCCCUCAGUUUGGCUGGGCGGCCAGCUCUAGGAAGAGUCUUGGUGGUUCCAAACUUCUUCCAUUUAAGAAUGACGGAGGCCACUGUGUUCUUGGGGACCUUCAUGCUGCAGAAAUUUUUUGGUACCCUUCCCAAGAUCUGUGCCUCGACACAAUCCUGUCUCGGAGCGCUACGGACAAUUCCUUCGACCUCAUGGCUUGGUUUUUGCUCUGACAUGCACUGUCAACUGUGGGACCUUAUAUAGACAGGUGUGUGCCUUUCCAAAUCAUGUCCAAUCAAUUGAAUUUACCACCGGUGGACUCCAAUCAAGUUGUAGAAACAUCUCAAGGAUGAUCAAUGGAAACAGGAUGCACCUGAGCUCAAUUUUGAGUCUCAUAGUAAGGGGUCUGAAUACUUAUCUAUAUAAGGUAUUUCUGUUGAAUUUUUAAUACAUGCAACAAUUUCAAAGAUUUUACUGAGUUACAGUUCAUAUAAGGAAGUCAGCCAAUUGAAAUCAAUUCAUUAGGCCUUAAUCUAUGGAUUUCACAUGACUGGGAAUACAGAUAUGCAUCUGUUGGUCACAGAUACCGUUUAAAACAAAACAAAAUAAUAGGGCCGUGGAUCAGAAAACCAGCCAGUAUCUGGUGUGACCACCAUUUGCCUCAUGCAGCACGACACAUCUCCUUUGCAUAGAGUUGAUCAGGCUGUUGAUUGUGGCCUGUGGAAUGCUGUCCCACUCCUCUUUAAUAGCUGUGCGAAGUUGAUGAAUAUUGGGGGGAACUGGAACACGCUGUCGUACACAUCGAUCCAGAGUAUCCCAAACAUGCUCAAUGGAUGACAUGUCUGGUCUGCCGGCCAUGGAAGAACUGGGCCAUUUUCAGCUUCCAGGAAUUGUGUACAGAUCCUUGCGACAUGGGGCCAUGCUUUAUCAUGCUGAAACAUGAGGUGAUGACGGCGAAUGAAUGACAAUGGGCCUCAGGAUCUCAUCAUGGUAUCUCUGUGCAUUCAAAUUGCCAUCGAUAAAAUGUAAUUGUGUUCGCUGUCCGUAGCGUAUGCCUGCCCAUACCACAACCCCACCGCCACCAUGGAGCACUCUGUUCACAACGUUGACAUCAGCAAACUGUUCGUCCCCAGGACGCCAUAUACAGGGUCUGCGGUUGUGAGGCCGGUUGGACGUACUGCCAAAUGAACAUUUAAAUUAUCUGGCAACAGCUCUGGUUUACAUUCCUGCAGUCAGCAUGCCAAUUGCACACUCCCUCAACUUGAGACAUCUGGACAAAACUGCACAUUUUAGAGUGGCUUUUUAGUGUCCCCAGCACAAGGUGUACCUGUGUAAUGAUCAUGCUGUUUAAUCAGCUUCUUGAUAUGCCACACCUGUCAGGGGAUGGAUUAUCUUGGCAAAGGAGAAAUGCUCACUAACAGGGAUGUAAACAAGUUGUGCACAAACAUUUAGAGAAAUAAGCUUUAUGUGUAUAUGUAACAUUUCUGGGAUCUUUUAUUUCAGCUCAUGAAUCAUGGGACCAACACUUUACAUGUUGUGUUUUAUAUUUUGGUUCAGUGUAUAUAAUUAAUUGCUCCUGUCUAAAUAAAAUCAUUCAAAAUACUUAACCAGGGAGCAUGACUUAGCCACAGAGGAUAAUUAGCUUCUUUUAAAAAAUCUAUCUCUGGAUUGUUUCAAAUCACAAGUGUGUUUGGGAAGCCUGCAAUUUGGGUAGUGCGUGUGGCAAUAGGUCUAGCUGAUUGAGUUGCGGCUGUCAGCGAAAAGCGUCUAAAAUGUGUGUAGGUAAUGCCUUGAGUAUAAUUUUAAAAUGUUGCAUCAAGAAGAAGGGGAGGGGGCUGUGAGGAAGAUAUGGUGCGUCUCCAGAAUGCAUCCAUAUGUAGGAAAGUGCCCAUUUGGCAAUGUCUUAUUUCUGAUUGCCUUAACUCCCCACGUACACCACUCUUUUUUUUUCUUCGCCUCACACAAGUCAACAAAGUCGUUUUUUUUAACAUCCAUUGCGAAUGAUCGUUCCUCAGUAUUUGAAAAAUCUUUCUAAUACUCCCGGCCUCGAUAAUCACCAAACUUCGGUGUGAAAGAGCAGAAUAUCAUGAUCUGAUGAUCCCAUAUAUCCAAUGGAAAUGUCAUAAACAGCUUUCUGUCCCGAGCUCACUGGCACAGGAAACUUUGAGGACCCGGAAUAGGCUAGCUGAUAUAAUGUUGCAAGUUCGUUAGCGACAGCUUCGGGCCGACCCUGUGAUGAUUUGAUACAAUUUUGAACUUCACUAGCAAUAGCUCAAGACCGAUCGAAAGGGAGGCAGACAUGAGGAAAAUAGAUUAAUGUGAUUGAAAGAACCAGAAUUUCUGAGUUCUACUCCUGAGUGGCGCAGUGGUCUAAGGCACUGCAUCGCAGUGCUAACUGUGCCACUAGAGAUCCUGGUUCGAAUCCAGGCUCUGUCGCAGCCGGCCGCGACCGGGAGACUCAUGGGCGGUGCACAAUUGGCCCAGCACCGUCCAGGGUAGGGGAGGGAAUGGCCGGCAGGGAUGUAGCUCAGUUGAUAGAGCAUGGCGUUUGCAGGGUUGUGAGUUCGAUUCCCACGGGGGGCCAGUAUAUAAAAAUUAAAAAAAUGUAUUCACUAACUGUAAGUCGCUCUGGAUAAGAGCUAAAUGACUAAAAUAAAAAAAUAAAUUAUCAGGAUGUUUUUUAUUUUUAUCGGCUAUGGAAAUCAAAUGCCCGUCCAACUGAUUUGUUCUGGUGCCGGGUCUGCUGAAAAGUAGCUGAAUUUGUCGCUAGAAUCAUUUACCAAUAAAAGUUGCUGGAGGGGUCAAAACAUAUAGCCACAAAGUCGCUAAGUUGCCAAAACCGCUGGAGGAGAUCCCGGUACCAUGGUAACCUUAAAGGGGCAGCUGAACAUUUGUCUCGUCUGUGAUAUCUUGGUUAAAAGUUAAAAUAUUAAAUUGAGCAAUAUAUAAUAUAACUUGUUACUAGUAAUACAUUCCUUGUUUUAGAAAUGUUACUAAGCAUUAUCCUCCAUUAUUAUUUUUUGGGGUGUAGUUAAUGUGAAAAGGUUUUGACUGGUAAAAAUCGACCUGCCACAGUGGCUGGUAGACAAAGUUAGUUUAAGGCCCUGAUAAUAAGUGACAGGCCAUUCAACAAUUUAUAGAAAACACAAAUGAAAGACACCACGGACUAGCCUAUUGGUAAAGUGCGUUGGCAGUUCAAAUAAGAACAAAUGUCAAUACUAUGGUAAUAUCAUAGUGGACCGUAGCAGGGUUUAGGGAGAGGGUGUCACAUGGCAUACAACCCGACUGGGAGCCCAGCUGUAGAGGGUUUGGUGUUGCCUGUGACCUUUUUAUUUACAGCAGCUGUGUGUGUGAGACAGAGUGAGAGAGAGAGGGUGUCCUGUAUACAAUAUGUGUGUGAGAGCCAUAGAGCGGGAGAAUAAACAAGGCAUAGUCUGUUGUAGUGGUGAACGUGAGCACCUUGGACUGAACUGAACGCUCACACAUGGUAUAUACAUGACCGAAGGCACUCUAGCUUCACUAUGACGAAAGGUACAGUAUAGCCGAAGCAUUGCCGAUGUUUGUUGUGAUUUCAUAUUCCGGCUUGUUGUUGCCAGAAAGAGGAUUAUUCUUAUCUUAUUUUGAGUAUUUGUGGAUUUUGACCAUUGUCAUUGGGGGGUCAUUUUUAAAGCUUUGCUUACUGUUUAGCAGUAAGUUCAUCUUUGUCUAGGCCUAUAUUGGCCAAAUAAGUUGAAUCAGUGUUGUGUGCAUUUCUGUAGAUCUAUCUCUUGUGAAGAUGCCGUAUGUUUGGAAGCCUUUUCUCUGAUGAAUAAAUGACUUUAAUCUUUAUCUAAUGGUAAUUGUAACGGUAUCGAUGUAGUCCUCAAAGUAUAUCGAUGUUCAUCUGUUGUAGACCAUUGUAGGCUGAUUUGCUUUUAGAUUUGUUUACUUUCCUAACAGUCAGUCACAGCAUGUGCUGUUCUUCUUACAGAAUCUAUUUUGAAGGUGCUCUCUGUCAUAUGCUGAGUGUACAAGUAUUCCUCUGACAGAUUUAUUUGUCUGCUCGGUGCUGUGUAGAUGUGUUUGUGGACUGGAAGCAGAAUGCGAAUGAGGUGACAGUGAGGCUGCGCUGUGGAGAGGGGUUUCAGAGUGUGGAGGACGUCACCACUACCUUCACUGACACAGACUGUCAGGCCUGCUUCCCAGGUCAGAUCACAAGCUACACACACACACACACAUCUGAAACUAACUAGGCCGCCUACAUGUCUUCUAGCUUAAGUGUAUGUGAUGAUUGUACAUGUAUGACAGCUUGUAUAGGCUACCUGUCUGUGUGUGCUGAGAUAGCGUUUGAAUGAUGGAGUGUGUGUUUUUACGUGUGUGUGUCUUUGAUCUGCGUGUGCUUGCGUGGCAUUAGUUUUUCACUGUGAACGUGCAGCAUUAGCACAAGUCUGAUGGCCCACUGCUCUCUCUUCAGAUGGGCGCCAGUGGGACUGUCACCUGCAGGAGGAGAUUGAGGGCUCCUGCAGCAAAGUGCAGUACAAAGAGAAGGGUGGCUUCCUGCUUUUGGUCAUGCAGAAGAAGAUCCCCUUUCACUCCUGGCCCUCCCUUAUGGUGAGUCUGCCUGCUGCCCUCCCUGCCUCCAUCCUGUCAUUUAGCUUAUGGUUCUUUCAUUGAAAAUCAUCAACUGCCAACCUUAAAUGUCUCUAUUGCCUAUCCCUUGUGAAGGUUUCAACACCAUUUCAAAAGAAAUGCAUACAAAAAAGCAAACAUUUUGUCUCUUCUCCCUGUAGCAAAAUAAAAAGGAGAAGGAGCCUGUGCAGGCCAAGAACGGCAAAGAGCAGAAACCGCCGCCUGUGGUAAAGCCAGAGAAAUCUGUCCCUGAGACUGCAGAUAAGCCCAAACUGUCCACCCAGCCAUCUGCUCCACCGGCACAGAGCGAACAGAGGUGUGGCAAAGCAGAGCGAGGUGUCAAACGCACCAUGAAGAACAAACCAGCAGCAGACAGGCCAGAGUCUGGGGUGAAGGCUGCAGGAGAGGGGCAGACCAAGCCUGUCAGUAAAGGGGACCUGCCUCAGGAGCCUAGUGCCAAGCGCACCGUCCGUCCCCCCAAGGCCUCCAAGGACUCUACUUCACAGACUCCCAGGGAUACACACCCCAAGUCCACAGCCAAUGGGAAACCGCACACCCCCACUCCCACUGGCCGAGACCCCCAGACGUAUACAGCUGGUGACAAUCGUGCUGACAGGCUAGGCAACGGUCAUGAGUGUACAACACCCGAGAUGGCCUUCAGCCACACACAGCAGGAGAUGAAAGUUCAGGUGAGUCCCAGUUUCUCUAGACUGUAGCAUCUCACCAGGCACCGAGUUCUGUGUGGUUUGUGAUUAUCUGCUGCUCUGGAUCUGAUUGUAAAGCCCAUUAUUGUUUCAGCUGGAGAAGGACCCAGAGUCUGAUUUCAAGGCUGGGGCAGAAGAGGAACGCAUACCGGCAGCCACUUUGUCCAGUGCUGUGAGCAGCCACAAGGCUGAAGACUCCACUAGCAGAACAGAGAGGCAAGGGGAGGCUGAGGCUGAGGCUGAGAGGACUGAGUCCUCUACGGUAGUGAGAAAGUCCCAGGAUGAGGCUGACCAGGCCACUCUAACACCAACCCAGCAGUCAGGACCAGAAUCAGGGGAGCCUGUGACUGCAACACCUACCAAGCAGGCUGAGUUCCCCAGCAGGAGCAGUACAGAGGAGGAGAAGAAGGACCGGUCUAAAGAGGAACCUCUGGACAUUAAGCAGCUGGAGGAAGGUCAGUGGACUGGGGUCACAGUCUCAAAAGGACACGGAUAUUUCACAAAUAUGAUUGAAAUGUGCUUUUUGUCACGUCAUUAAUUUGUCAGGAUAGCUCUAGGCAGAACAUGACUAUGGGAACUGUGGUUUGUAAGUGAAAUGGACAGAUCAGUUGCAGUGAGGAUAGACUCGGCACUGAGGUUUGAGGUCCGCAGUGAUCUGAAACGUAGCCUGCCUGCGGUUAUCUUUUAGCAGUUCCAGAGCCAAUGGUGAACCUGAAUUUUGUGAAGAACGACUCGUACGAGAAAGGGACAGACCUAAUGGUGGUCAACGUGUACAUGAAGGGCAUCUGCAGAGAGACGGCCAGGGUGAUCUUCAGGGAACAGGACUUCACCCUCAUCUUCCAGACCAGGUAACUUGGCCCUUCUGACUUUUCACCUCAGUGGCCUUUGGGAUUUUAGUGGUUUACUGAAUUAUCUUCCCUUUCUAACAGCGAUGCAAAUUUAUUGCGCCUUCAUGCGGACUGCGGAGCAAAUACAGUAUUUAAGUGGCAAGUCAAACUCAGGUAAGACUUUGAAUUUGAACUUGGUAUGUGAGUUUGUGUGGAGUUUCUAUUGAUAUGUGAAUUGGGCCCUUGGCUCUCAUUGAGAUCAUGAGUUUCACAAGCUGUGAUCCACUGUUGCAGGAACCUCAUCCAGCCUGAGCAGUCUACGUAUGCCUUCACCCCGUCCCGUUUAGACAUCACUCUGAAGAAGAGACACAGCCAGCGCUGGGGGGGCCUGGAGGCCCCUGCUACACAAGGUCUUUCUGCUGCCUGGCUUCUACUGCUCAUUGCAACCACUAUACACACGUCUAUUACACUAGCUAUCACAUAGCAUCCCCUUAUAAACAUUACCCACAAUUACUUUCACACACAUUUAUUCACUGACUUACAGUACUUUAUAUUGCUACAAAAUUACCUCCACACAAAUGUAUUCACUGACUUACUUUAUAUUGCUGUUUUGGAGAGCACAUGGAUACGUUUCAGUUGAACCAAUAUUCUAGUAAACCAUUAAGGCUAAUCCUGAUAUGUCUGUAAGCAUGUGAAUUACGUGGGAGGGUUGAUACCAGGAUUUGUGGGUGUACGUGUGCCAUGCGUGACUGUGUGUUAAUUUGGGUGAUAGGCAGGCGUGUGGGUGUGUACAUUCAAGACGGCAUUCCAGACAGGAAUCUGAGCAUUGAAACUAAUCCAGUAACUCAGUAUGCGUGGCUCAGUCCCGUCUGCUGCUCUCCCAACCCAACGGACCUCUGGGUGUCUUAGCCUAGGCACUGCAGUGUUGCUCUAUGUCCUUAACUUCUAAUAUCUGUUGUGCUGGCAUUGGUAUCUUUUGAUAUAGUUUACAAUACUAGUAGGCCUAGAUGUAGUUUGUGGUACUUUUACACGUUGCUGUUGUCUAAACACAGCAAGCAGACAAUAUAAUUUUUGUACUUCAAUGAAUGAAAACGAUUUGACGUGCAAAGGGCCACUCAGUUCAUCGGCCAUAUGCAAUUGUUCUUCUCUUGGUCCUGACAGUUGUUUGUCGUUGACCACAAGCUCCAUCCCCCUCUGUUUAAGGUGCAGUGGGGGGCGCCAAGGUUGCUGUGCCAUCCGUGCCGUCAUCUCAGACGAGUCAGCCGGGCAGCAGCCAGCACACCCUCCCUGCCAAGGAGGAGCCCCCCCGGGCAGAGGACGGAGGCCUUGACAAUGUGUCAGCCCGCACCGUCUCAGACCAUUCCCCUAUCAAACAGGAGUCUGCAGUCACGGUGAGUUGGACAAGACAGAGGAUGAGAUUGUGAGAGAGAGGGCCAAAUAGGGAAAUGGUAUGAAGUGAUUGAGGUAGUGAUUUGGAAAUGAGUAGGGGGAAGGAAUCCGUUUUCUUUAUCACGUUAUCCUUUGAGCCUUGAAGGUUGGUAUUUCAUCCCUUUAUUUCUCUGUCUAUGCCUCUCAGCCCAAGCCCACCUGUAUGGUCCAGCCCAUGACCCACGCGCCUCCUGCUGGCAGUGAGCGCAGUGUUGAGGAGGAGGAGAAGAAGGUGUGUCUGCCAGGCUUCACAGGCCUGGUCAACCUGGGCAACACCUGUUUCAUGAACAGCGUCAUCCAGUCUCUGUCCAACACCCGAGAACUCAGGGACUACUUUCAUGGUCAGUCUUCUCUAAUUUUCUCUUCCCUACUUUCUUUAAGUUGAUCACUUUUAAUUUUUAUGAAAUAAAUCUCUUGUAAUGUACAUAUGGAACUAGUAUCUGUUGCUGUAGAUUGAUAUUAAACAAUGAACUGUGUUCUCUCCCCCUCUGUGCAGACCGUGCGUUUGAAACUGAGAUCAACUGUAAUAACCCAUUGGGGACGGGUGGUCGGCUGGCCAUCGGGUUUGCUGUGUUGCUGCGGGCUCUGUGGAAGGGUACCCACCAUGCUUUCCAGCCCUCGAAGUUAAAGGUGACAAUCCACUCUCUCCUGAGAGUCCCAUCUUUAACUCCCUCCUGUUAUUUUAACCACAACACCAUCAUGCCUUCCACACAGAUUAACACCAGCAGUAUUCGGGUUAAGUACAGCCUCUCCCUUUAGUCUUCAUCUUUAUGUUUUGUCUUUACCCCCCAGGCGAUCGUGGCCAGUAAGGCCAGCCAGUUUACAGGCUAUGCCCAGCACGAUGCCCAGGAGUUCAUGGCCUUCCUCCUGGAUGGUCUCCAUGAGGACCUGAACCGCAUCCAGAACAAGCCCUACACAGAGACGGUGGACUCAGAUGGACGGCUGGACGAGGUGGGUGAAAUAGAGGUUUGAGCAGCACCAUUCGCAUAUCCACAUUGCUGUCUUGCUGACUGCUGUGCCACUGUUCCCUUGAGUCCAAUUGUCCUGGAAAAUGACAUGAUGGUGUGGUUGUGAUGUAAUAGGUGGUCGCAGAGGAGGCGUGGCAGAGGCACAAGAUGAGGAACGACUCGUUCAUCGUGGACCUCUUCCAGGGCCAGUACAAGUCCAAGCUCGUCUGCCCUAUGUGCUCCAAGGUAAGACACAGAGGAAUUAUUGUAAUUCCCAAGCAACUGUCGUGACGUGACUUUCAUUAUUGUGAUGACUAUUAUUUAUCGAAUAAUUACCUACUAUGUUUAAUUGUUAAUAGAUUAAAUUAAUCAUGUAACAACUCAUUAGGAAUUUGGGGUACCACGGGAAAAGUUGUUUAACGAGUUAACAUUUCCUGAAUUAACUCUAAAGAUAUCUAGAUAUCUCGUCAUUUAACAGUAAUUUAUUAAUAAUUUACCUCAUAUCAGUCUCAUUCUGAAAGUUGUAGACUCUUUAAGUCUGCACGAACCCGGGUCUUACUGAUCAUUCCGUACCACACAAAUGUAUUUAAUUCUUGAUUUACUAACUAAUUAAAAAUGAUAACACAAGAUACAAACACGUACACGGUAUAGGUAAGGAUUAGAAACUUAAUACAAAGAAAACGGGUCCCUAGCGGACUAACACAAUAUGACACUUGUUACAACACUUGGAUACACAUGGACCUACGCUCACAGUAAUCCUAAUACUUUGCCCCGAAUUGCCGCCCGUUUGGGAAGAAAAGCAAUGCCUCUAUUUACGUGUUGGACGUCUUCGUCGUGUAUCUCUGUUGGACCCAGGCCUUUGUGGGAAGGAUUCGAUUGGGCCUUCUCUUUCGGAUGGCCUUUCAGAUGUAAGGCUCAGAUUGUCCACAAGAGGUCACAAUGUCCUUCUUCUUAGUUGUCUGUUUAGUUUCACUCGUUCUGGAAGUGGUCUUCUGAUAACGGCUAAUCAGCCGUGUCGAUGAUCCCCUGUGGGGUGAUGAGAGCAGUGUAGUAGACAAUGGCUUGAAGAGAGUAACAGGAUGGUCCCACUUAAAUUCACCUUCUUAGAUACAGUACUUAGAACAGCUACUCAGCCGUAACAUUGAUUGUUAGUGGAGGCAACUUUGUCUUCACCUCAUGUUGAUUUUCAGGGUCGGGACCAAUAUGGACAAAAGCUGCAGCUUGAGGUCCGUCUAGUCUGAUCUGAUAAUUCUUAUCUCAAUCUUUUAGGCACUCUGGUAAAGAGGGGCGUUUCCGUCAUACUGACACGCUCUCUGAGCUCCCUCGGGCGUGGCUAGUUACGAGGCAAAAGUAUUAUCAUCACUAUGAUUUUGUUAGAAAGCUAAAAUCACAUUCCUAUCUUCACGAAAACAUUGUCUUCCUCCUUGAUAUUUUCUACACAAGGUAAAGGAUGUAAACAUGAUAUCCACAGUGUAAAAGCUCUUCAAGUCACAAUGUUUUCAUUAUAACACCUUUAUACCAUUUUUAAUGACAUCACAAAAUAGACAUUCAUUUUCCAUAUUCCAUUUCUCAUCAUUCCCAACAUUUGGAUGUUGAAAUAUAUUGUCCCAAUGUUCAUUGUUGGAUGUUGAGGUUUUUGGGCGACAAAAAGUAUCUGAAACAAAGGCAUUCCUUUCACCAUACUAGAGUGCCAGAGAGAGAUUCUCCUCCUCUCUAAUUUAUGGCAGUAUUAAGGUGUCAAGACCGGCACAGCCCUCCGUGGUAAGAGGGUCUGGUUGUUGUCGGCCAUUUGCCAAGCUGAUGUGAGGCCUUUGAUCCUCACCCAGGGAGAGUCAUGACACAACACUCAACCUGUCUGAAGAUAUCUAGGUGUUCGUAUUGAAGUGUGUUUUGUAUUGAGGCUAAGUGGAGCUGGGAGGUUUGUUUUGUCUUAGAAUGCAUCAGUCAAACUCUCAGGGAUGAUACUAUAGUACCUCUGUUGCUGCGACCGUCCACUCCUGAACACAGACCCUGACUGUUUUAAGCAUUUCUGCCCCAAAGGCACCAUGAUAAUGGGCAUUUAAUAUGAUGUAGAUGAUGAGAGGCUCAGGGGCCUGGCUGUCAGGCUGAGAUGGAGGAAAACCUAAUUUAAUAAUAGAGGAAAUGGACCGAUCAGAAGCAUUUACUCUAAUAGUGGAUCUGUGUGGAUGGCUUGCUGGCUGUGUGGCAGAGUGGAACUAACUUAUUUAUUCAGUGGUGCGAUAGAGGGCACUACAACUCUGUAACCUGAUUCACAGUGUCACUGUUCUGACCUGUUUGUUUUGUAAAGGUCAAAUGUCUUUCUCCUCUCGCUCUCUCUAGGUUUCCAUAACCUUUGACCCCUUCCUCUACCUGCCCGUGCCCCUGCCACAGAAGCAGAAGGUCCUCACUGUGUUCUACUUUGCUAAAGAGCCUCACAAGCAACCCAUCAAGGUAAGAUGAGAUGUUGGUUUUGUUCAGAUGUCAGAUGGCUUCAGUUGAUUAUUUAUUUAUUUAUUUAUUUAUUAUCUCGUACCUUCUGUGUGUGUCAGUUCCUGGUGAGUGUGAGUAAGGAUAACUCGAGCACAGCCGAGGUCCUGGACUCAAUCUCUCGGAGUGUGAGGAUCAAGGCAGAGAACCUGAGACUGGCUGAGGUGGUGAAGAGUUACUUCCACAGGAUUUUCCUCCCCUCCCACUCCCUGGACACGGUCUCCUCCUCAGACAUGCUCUUCUGCUUCGAGGUGCUGUCUAAAGAGCUGGCCAAGGAGAGGGUGGUGGUGCUCAGAGUCCAGCAGGUAAACGGCAGCUUCAACUCCCUAGCCUUCCUAUUUAAACCGUAUGGGACUAUAACGGAAGUACCUAGUGACUGUCUCUGUGUUUAAGUCAUAUCUGUGUCUCUGUCCCCCUCCAGAGGCCUCAGGUCCCUAGUAUCCCUAUUUCCAAGUGUGCUGCCUGCCUGAAGCCUCCCUUCUCAGAGGAAGAGAAGCUGAAGCGCUGCACCCGCUGCUACCGCGUGGGCUACUGCAACCAGUGAGUCAACAUGCUAAAUGUCAGCUGGCACUAAUGUCACGAGGCAAUUGAGUCUCUCUCCCAAUAAUGACACAGGAUAAAUUUUUCAGAACUAUUUCCCUUUGUCUCCUAAAUGAUUCCUAACUCAUGAAAAAACUUACUUUUUUCCUUCAUGUUUCAGGGCUUGCCAGAAAAAUCAUUGGUCCAACCAUAAGGUUCUGUGUCGCCCCAACAUUGAGAACGUGGGGCUUCCAUUCCUGGUCAGCGUCCCUGAGUCCAGACUCACCUACGCCCGUCUGUCCCAGCUGCUGGAAGGAUACUCAAGGUACCACAGGGAUCUUCGCAAUUGAUGGAUGAUAUGAAUGCUGCUCUUUAUAGAUGCCAAUACUAGGGGUGUGACGUUUAAAUGAAUUUGAGAUCGUUAACAUUUAGAAAAAAAAUCCCUAAGCUAAAAUGUGUUUGUUCUUCUUUUUUUUACUAAAUUAAAAUUGCAGUGCAGUUAUCACAAAACUACAAUUAACAGGACCCCCAUCAUCAUCAUCAUAAAGGCUAAAAUAAAAAUUUAACAAAUACAGUUGAAGUCGGAAGUUUACAUGCACCUUAGCCAAAUACAUUAAAAUUCUUCACAAUUCCUGACAUUUAAUCCUAGUAAAACUUCCCUGUCUUAGGUCAGUUAGGAUCACCACUUUAUUUUAAGAAUGUGAAAUGUUUGAAUAAUAGUAGAGAUAAUUAUUUAUUUCAGCUUUUAUUUCUUUCAUCACAUUCCCAGUGGGUAAGAAGUUUGCAUACACUCAAUUAGUAUUUGGUAGCAUUGCCUUUAAAUUGUUUAACUUGGGUCAAACGUUUUGGGUAGCCUUCCACAAGCUUCCCACAAUAAGUUGGGUGAAUUUUGGCCCAUUCCUCCUGACAGAGCUGGUGUAACUGAGUCAGGUUUGUAGGCCUCCUUGCUCACACACGCUUUUUCAGUUCUGCCCACAAAUGUUCAAUAGGAUUGAGGUCAGGACUUUGUGAUGGCCACUCCAAUACCUUGACUUUGUUGUCCUUAAGCCAUUUUGCCUCAACUUUGGAAGUAUGCUUGGGGUCAUUGUCCAUUUGGAAGACCCAUUUGCGACCAAGCUUUAACUUCCUGACUGAUGUCUUGAGAUGUUGCUUCAAUAUAUCUGCAUCAUUUUCCUUCCUCAUGAUGCCAUCUAUUUUGUGAAGUGCACCAGUCCCUCCUGCAUCAAAGCACCCCCACAGCAUGAUGCUGCCACCCCGUGCUUCACGGUUGGCAUUCCCCUUUUUCCUCCAAACAUAACGAUGGUCAUUAUGGCCAAACAGUUCUAUUUUUGCUUCAUCAGACCAGAGGACAUUUCUCCAAAAAGUACUAUAUUUGUCCCCAUGUGCAGUUGCAAAACGUAGUCUGGCUUUUCUAUGGCGGUUUUAGAGCAGUGGCUUCUUCCUUGCUGCGCAGCCUUUCAGGUUAUGUCGAUAUAGGACUCGUUUUACUGUGGAUAUAGAUACUUUUGUACCUGUUUCCUCCAGCAUCUUCACAAGGUCCUUUGCUGUUGUUCUGGGAUUGAUUUGCACUUUUCUCACCAAAGUACGUUAAUCUCUAGCAGACGGAACACGUCUCCUUCCUGAGCUGUAUGACGGCUGCGUGGUCCCAUGGUGUUUAUACUUGCGUACUAUUGUUUGUACAGAUGAACGUGGUACCUUCAGGCGUUUGGAAAUUGCUCCAAGGAUGAACAAGACUUGUGGAGGUCUACAAAUUUAUUUCUGAGGUCUUGGCUGAUUUCUUUUGAUUUUCCCAUGAUGUCAAGCAAAGAGUCACUGAGUUUGAAGGUAUGCCUUGAAAUACAUCCACAGGUACACCUCCAAUUGACUCAAAUGAUGUCAAUUAGCCUAUCAGAAGCUUCUAAAGCCAUGACAUCAUUUUCUGGGAUUUUUCAAGCUGUUUAAAAGCAGUCAACUUAGUGUAUGUAAACCUCUGACCCACUGGAAUUGUGAUACAGUGAAUUAUAAGUGAAAUAAUCUGUCUGUAAACAAUUGUUGGAAAAAUGACUUGUGUCAUGUACAAAGUAGAUGUCCUAACCGACUUGCCAAAACUAUAGUUUGUUAACAAGAAAUUUGUGGAGUGGUUGAAAAACGAGUUUUAAUUUUAUGAAUCUUUCAAAUGAUUUGCCAGGGAUAGAAAGCACUCCGCACGUCAUCGUUGUUAACAGAGACAGAGAGUGAGACAGGGAAGCGACAGCAGUGAAGUCCUGUAUCGCAAUACUUUGAGAAGUUAAAUAAGAAGGUUGUGAAAUGCAAACAUUGCGAGGUGGAAUUGAGCUACAGUGGCAGUACAGGUGCAAUACUGAAAGAGGCAUAUCUACAACCAGACUACAAGAUGCCAUGUCGAUAAACCGUGACGGCCCUGAUGGAAAAAUUGUGCAAUGAUUGCUCUGCAAGUACAAAGCGUGAGCUCUCAAACACCAUAUGUAGAGUGAACAGAUUGUUGGACAUCUAUGAACACACUGUCAUACGUCACUGCAACGAGCCAUCACAUUGAUGAGAAGUGGGACAUGAGGGAUGUACUGAGAAUAUGGAGGAGAGGCACACAACAGAGAACCUAAAACUGCAUUAAUACCAUCGUUGUUGAGUGGGUGGGGGACAGCAGUAAGGUGAGCGCUGUCUGGUAGGGUUUCCACUAGUUAUCACGGCCACAAAGUCAUAUCGUAACAAAUAUCUGUGUGGUUAGGGUUAAAAUCACAUUUUAAGAAGAGAAAUUGUAGAAAUAGGCGGGCUUUAUGACUUUGUGGCUGUGGUAGCCAGGACUGCAGUAGAUUGAACUGCUUUGCCCCCUAGUGGUCAUACACAGAACCAUAUCGUAUCUGGGUUGUGAAUUUGCGUCAUUUUAUGGUUUAUUUAAUUUUAAACGGAGGGAUUUCACUAAGCUAACAUGGAAUUGUUUUAAGGUGGUCAUACCAAGGAUUAUUUAGCUAUUUGAUUUAGAAUUUUAGGAUCCCUUUAGGUAUAAAAAUAAAUCUGAUUUUUUUUGGGGGGAAACAUUGAAUUCGGCUCUACUGCUAUUAGCCCAUAGAAACACAUUGAAUAACAGAUUCAUACAUGGAAAAACAAACUUCCUUUUGAUAAAAUGUUUUGACUAAGUGUCUGUCCUAUAUCUGAGAGUUAUAGAAAGAUAAGGAAUACACAUUUUUACCCAUAUUUAACCAAUUGUUUUGGCACUAAACUACUUCCAUAUACAGUGGGGAGAACAAGUAUUUGAUACACUGCCGAUUUUGCAGGUUUUCCUACUUACAAAGCAUGUAGAGGUCUGUAAUUUUUCCUGAAAAUCACAUUGUAUGAUUUUUAAGUAAUUAAUUUGCAUUUUAUUGCAUGACAUAAUUAUUUGAUCACCUACCAACCAGUAAGAAUUCCGGCUCUCACAGAUCUGUUAGUUUUUCUUUAAGAAGCCCUCCUGUUCUCCACUCAUUACCUGUAUUAACUGCACCUGUUUGAACUCGUUACCUGUAUAAAAGACACCUGUCCACACACUCAAUCAAACAGACUCCAACCUCUCCACAAUGGCCAAGACCAGAGAGCUAUGUAAGGACAUCAGGGAUAAAAUUGUAGACCUGCACAAGGCUGGGAUGGGCUACAGGACAAUAGGCAAGCAGCUUGGUGAGAAGGCAACAACUGUUGGCGCAAUUAUUAGAAAAUGGAAGAAGUUCAAGAUGACGGUCAAUCACCCUCGGUCUGGGGCUCCAUGCAAGAUCUCACUUCGUGGGGCAUCAAUGAUCAUGAGGAAGGUGAGGGAUCAGCCCAGAACUACACGGCAGGACCUGGUCAAUGACCUGAAGAGAGCUGGGACCACAGUCUCAAAGAAAACCAUUAGUAACACACUACGCCGUCAUGGAUUAAAAUCCUGCAGCGCACGCAAGGUCCCCCUGCUCAAGCCAGCGCAUGUCCAGGCCCGUCUGAAGUUUGCCAAUGACCAUCUGAAUGAUCCAGAGGAGGAAUGGGAGAAGGUCAUGUGGUCUGAUGAGACAAAAAUAGAGCUUUUUGGUCUAAACUCCACUCGCUGUGUUUGGAGGAAGAAGAAGGAUGAGUACAACCCCAAGAACACCAUCCCAACCGUGAAGUAUGGAGGUGGAAACAUCAUUCUUUGGGGAUGCUUUUCUGCAAAGGGGACUGGACGACUGCACCGUAUUGAGGGGAGGAUGGAUUGGGCCAUGUAUUGCGAGAUCUUGGCCAACAACCUCCUUCCCUCAGUAAGAGCAUUGAAGAUGGGUCGUGGCUGGGUCUUCCAGCAUGACAACGACCCGAAACACACAGCCAGGGCAACUAAGGAGUGGCUCCGUAAGAAGCAUCUCAAGGUCCUGGAGUGGCCUAGCCAGUCUCCAGACCUGAACCCAAUAGAAAAUCUUUGGAGGGAGCUGAAAGUCUGUAUUGCCCAGCGACAGCCCCGAAACCUGAAGGAUCUGGAGAAGGUCUGUAUGGAGGAGUGGGCCAAAAUCCCUGCUGCAGUGUGUGCAAACCUGGUCAAGACCUACAGGAAACGUAUGAUUUCUGUAAUUGCAAAAAGGUUUCUGUACCAAAUAUGAAGUUCUGCUUUUCUGAUGUAUCAAAUACUUAUUUCAUGCAAUAAAAUGCAAAUUAAUUACUUAAAAAUCAUACAAUGUGAUUUUCUGGAUUUUUGUUUUAGAUUCCGUCUCCCACAGUUGAAGUGUACCUAUGAUAAAAAUGACAGACCUCUACAUGCUUUGUAAGUAGGAAAACCUGCAAAAUCGGCAGUGUAUCAAAUACUUGUUCUCCCCAUUGUAUACUUCCAUUCAUUUUUUAAAUCUGGUAAAUAAAACAAAAUGUUAUUGGUCACAUACACAUGUUUAGCAGAUGUUAUUGCAGGUGUAGCGAAAUGCUUGUGUUCUUGGCUCCAACAGUGCAGUAGUAUCUAACAAUUCACAACAAUAAACAUCUCAAAGUAAAAAAAAUUGAAUUAAGAAAUAUAUACAUCCCUACAACAGCGCCUGCUACAAGGCAUUCUGACAGAGGCCAAUGACAGUUUGGAUGACUUGCUACUGCACAACAAUGUCAGAUGGUUCAGCAAAGGCAGGGUUUUGGAACGCUUUUGGGCCAUUCAGGAGGAAAUCAAAGAUUUCUUAUCAGAGCAAAUGAGUGACAAGGCAACUCAGUUUUCUGAGUUUUUGGAAGAUGAGGAGAAGAUGGAAACAGUUGCAUUUUUGACAGACAUUACAUCACACCUUAAUCAACUGAAUGUUAAGCUGCAGGGACGGGACAACAGUGUGUAAUAUGAUAACAGCAGUCCGGGCUUUCCAGAAGAAAUUGGAGCUUUUCAAGAAUGAUCUCCAGGGAGAACUUGACCACUUCCCCAAUCUUCUGGUGCAAAUGCAGGGACACAAAGAUGUUCCCAACCAUGUUGAUUUCAUCCAGAAGCUGAUGGAUAACUUCAAGGCUCGCUUUGAUGACUUCACUGUUGGAAGAGAACUGCUGCUGCUCAUCCAGAACCCCUUCUUGGUCACAAAUGUGACAAAGUUGUCAGAAGAAGCAAAACAGAUCUUCAGAUGGGUAGAUAUUGCAUCACUGCAAAUGGAGUUGAUUGAGCUGCAAGAAAAUGUGGCUUUGAAGGAGCAGGCUGGUGAUUGGCUUUGAAGGAGCAGGCUGGUGAUUGUGACCCUGUGACUUUCUGGAGAAAGAUGGUGCCUACAGCUGAUGUCCCUGUCCUCAAGAAACGGGCACUAUACAUCCUGACCAUGUUUGGCUCCACAUACAGCUGUGAAUCAGCCUUCUCCACAAUGAACUUUAUUAAAACAAAUACCGCACCAGGCUCACCAAUGAACACCUGCACCAGUGUCUCAGAGUUGCUCUCACAACAUUUGUGCCGAAGUUCAAAGCAUUGGCAGGAGACAAAAAGUGUAAUUUCUCUCAUUGAUGCAAGGGCAUGGCCCACAGUGACGUUCUGUGCAUUCAGAGUAUUCUUUUUGUUUAACUCUCCUUUAUUCUCCAGAAAACAUGCACUUGAUUUCUUUAAAAAAUAUAUAUAUAUUCAAGGCCCAUGUACAAUGGUUCACAGUGCACUUUUUGCAUAGACAAUUAUGCAACCACUUUUGUUCUUCUGCAAUGUUGCACGUGUUUACAUUCGAAAUAAGUUGUAAUUAAUUCAAAUUCUUAGUCUAAUUUAAUGCAUUUAAUGUAAAUGUUAUAUAACAACAUGUUUCCUAAGUCGUAGACGACUAUGUUUGUUACUACGCUGUACCACAGCGACGAUAACUAUCCGGACCUUUGCCACCUAGGAAAUGUGUGUCACUGGACCUUCUCAAAUAGUAGUUGAGUACCCCUGAUCUAAGGUGUCGGGUAAGGUGGAGGUGAUAUGACCCUUAACUAGCCUCUCAAAGCACUUCAUGAUGACAGAAGUGAGUCAUUUAGUUCAGUUACCUUUGCUUUCUUGGGUACAGGAACAAUGGUGGACAUCUUGAAGCAAGUGGGGACAGUAGACUGCGAUAGGGAGAGAUUGAAUAUGUCCGUAAACACUCCAGCCAGCUGGUCUGCGCAUGCUCUGAGGGCGAGGGAUACCGUCUGGGCCGGCAGCCUUGCGAGGGUUAACACGCUUAAAUGUCUUACUCACGUUGGCCACAGAGAACGAGAGCCCACAGUCCUCGGGAGCGGGCCGCGUCGGUGGCACUGGGUUAUCCUGAAAGAGGGCGAAGGUGUUUAGCUUGUCCGGGAGCAAGACAGUGUCCGCGACGUGGCUGGUUUUCCCUUUAUAAUUCGUGGUACCGGGCUACCUUCAGACGGGUCUUGUGAGGCUUGUGGGCGUCCUAGAGCAAAACAACCGACAUGUACGUGUUCGUUAGUCUCACAUUUCCAUAGAGGGGUCAUAUUAGUGUGUAGCCCAAACUGUUCGCAUGCUACAGACAGAAGUUGGCAGAUGGGCGGUACCGACUUAAGACAAGCCCAUGCAAAAAAAACAUAUCUCAGAUAUGUUUAUUAUGCUAAUUAGAUUUCCGCAGGGGGCACGGACAUCAACUCUAGGGGGUUAAAUACAAAAAUGGCAGUUUGAACAUUAAAAAACAUUUUACAUUUUGUCACAUCCCUAGUCAAUACAACUUGCUGAUUUGGCAUCGUUGGACUGUCACUGAUUCCUAUGUUCACACCCCUUUCCCCAUCUCUCUGUGUAGGUAUUCAGUGAACGUGUUCCAGCCUCCCUUCCAGUCUGGCAGGACGUCCCCAGAGGCCACCCAGUGCCGGGCUGACCUCCCCCCUCCAGCAGAGACCCCUGAGGGUGUGGGGCCAGGGGAUGAGGCCAGGGGCGGUGGGGCAGGGGACUCUGAUCAGGAGAGCCCCUUUCUGGUCCCUGAGUCUCCAUUAGAAACAGCCCAGGCUUCAGUACACCUAGCCGAAGACCCAGACGCUCUCUCCACCCGCACCACAGACUCUGGCUUCUCUGAGCCAUCCUGCUGCUCCCAGGACCCCCAGGGAGAGAAGGAGACCUCCUGUGAGAAGGCUGUCAGGCCAGAAGGUAAAGGCAAGCAUCGUCUGUCAUUGAGAUAUCGAUAAUAUUGUUUGUUACUUCCACUUUUUCCAUGAGAUUUUUCACCUGACCAUAGAUGUCUUUCAUUGUUUAAUCCCCUGUCACUCUAUGAUUUGUGACUGUAUUUUGUACUAGCUGCAGUGACAGGUUACCAGCAACCCUCAGAGUCUGCGUCCAGCCAUGCUUCUCAGUUCUACAUCUCCGUCCUCGACUCCAACGGCAAGGAGCAGAAACUGGAGGAAAAAGGUAAGAGAAGGGCCUAAUAGGGCACUAUCCCAAACCCAUCCCUUACCCCUAGUGGAAGACGAAGCAGAAAUGCAUUGAUCUGCUGUGUAUUAUUCAAUAUUAUUCCUUUUACAAUAUGUGUUUUUCAGUGUCUUAAUGUUGUUUGUCAUGUCUUUCCCCCCUCCAGAAGAGGCCGUUCUGGACCUCCCUGAGGAAUCCACACUGGCACUAGUGUGGAAGAACAACGAGCGUCUCAAGGAGUAUGUGCUGGUCCGGUCCAAGGAGCUGGACUUUAAGGAGGACCCUGGGUCGGUCAGUGAGACGGCCAGGGCUGGACACUUCACCCUGGAGCAGUGCCUCAACCUCUUCACUAGGCCUGAGGUGCUGGCACCAGAGGAGGCAUGGUAUGAACAACACACACAUCAACAUAGCCUUCAACGUGCGCACAUACUCAAACAAAUGUAGCCCUACAGUCACAUAAAGCUAUGCACUAACACACGUGUACAUGCACAGUUAACAUAGACAUUGUUCUCUUACUGAUUUAGCCAUUGUUUUGAUGGAUUAUAAAGCUAACAGGAACUCUCCCGCUCCUCUUUCUCUUUUUCAGGUACUGUCCAAAGUGCCAGCAGCACAGGGAAGCCUCCAAGCAGCUGCUGCUGUGGCGUCUGCCCAACGUCCUCAUCAUCCAGCUCAAACGCUUCUCCUUCCGCAGCUUCAUCUGGAGGGACAAGAUCAACGACAUGGUCGACUUCCCAAUCAGGUAAAAAUGACAUUAUACACAGACGUUAAAGGGAUAGUUCACCCAAAUAACAAAAUUACACAUUGGUUUCCUUACCCUGUAAGCAGUCUAUGGACAAGGUAUCACAGCAAUCCAUGAUUUGGUUUAAUUUUCUGGCACUGUUUCCACAUGCUAACGUUUUAGUAUUUGUGGCACAAAUCCCAUUCAAGUCAUGGGACCAAUACUGGCAUUUUUUGCGCAUCAUGUCUAAAUCAUCCAAAAGUAUUUAAAAUUGAUUGUGAAGCUCAACAGUCACUUAAAGAUGAUUUGAACGUGAUGCGCAAACAAUGCUAAUAUCUGUCCCAUGAUUUGAAUGGGAUUUGUGCCACAAAUGCUAAAACGUUAGCAUGUGGAAACAGUACCAGGGAAACUAAACCAAAGCAUGGAUUGCUGUCAUACCUUGUCCAUAGACCGCUUACAGUGUAAAGAAACCAGUAUGUCAUUUUAUCAUUUGGGUGAACUAUCCCUUUACUAUAUCACACCCUUUAUACUACCCUUCGCUCACACCACUCAAUGACUUGGGUUGAAUUCCCUCAAAUACGACAAGGUUAUCACAGCAUGUUUUCUUGUCUUUCAGGAACCUGGACCUCAGUAAGUUCUGUAUUGGUCAGAAGGACGACAUGCAGCAGCCGCCAAUCUAUGACCUCUAUGCGGUCAUUAAUCACUACGGGGGCAUGAUCGGAGGUCACUACACCGCCUACGCACGCCUGCCCAGUGCCCAAAACAGCCAGCGCAGUGAUGUCGGUGAGUGGUUGACUGAAAUAGGCUUCACAGUAGGAUACACUGAGUAUACAAAACAUUAGGACAUGCUCUUUCCAUGACAUAGACUGACCAGGUGAAAGCUAUGAUCCCUUAUUGAUGUCACCUGUUAAAUCCACUUCAAUCAGUGUAGAUGAAGUGUAGGAGACAGGUUUAAGAAGGAUUUUUAAGUGUUGAGACAAUUGAGACAUGAAUGGGGCAAGACAAUGGGCAAGACAAAAUAUUGAAGUGCCUUUGAACAGGUUAUGGUAGUAGGUGCCAGGCGCACUGGUUUGUGUCAAGAACUGCAACGCUCAACAGUUUCCCGUGUGUAUCAAGAAUGGUCCACCCAAAGGACAUCCAGCCAACUUGACACAACUGUGGGAAGCAUUGGCGUCAACAUGGGCCAGCAUCCCUGUGGAACGCUUUCAACACCUUUUAGAGUCCAUGCCCUGAUGAAUUGAGGCUGUUCUGAGGACGAAAGGGGGGGUGCCACUCAAUUCUAGGAAGGUGUUCCUAAUGUUUGGUACUGUAUACUCUGUGUAUAUUGUAUUUCUGGCCAUGGCAAGCAUUGGUUUAAACAUAUGUUUGUUGUGUUCUGUUCAUACUAAUGUACUUGGAAGAAAAUAACUAAACUGCCCCUCUCCUCUUCCUCCUCCUUUCUCUUGCCCAGGCUGGCGUCUGUUUGAUGACAGCACAGUGACGACAGUCGAGGAGAGUCAGGUGGUGACGCGCUAUGCCUACGUGCUGUUCUACCGCCGCCGCAACUCCCCUGUGGAACGACCACCUCGCUUCCUGGGGCCCCUCGGGAUCGAGUCCCCCACCGCUGCAGGAGCCACCGCCAGCCAGGUGAGGGUGCCAGUCUUUACCUCUGAGACCCCUCCCCUGUAUCAUUGGGGACACAGUGGGGAAAAAAAGUAUUUAGUCAGCCACCAAUUGUGCAAGUUCUCCCACUUAAAAAGAUGAGAGAGGCCUGUAACAUUCAUCAAAAAAAAUCAACAAAAUCACAUUAUAGAAUUUUUAAUGAAUUUAUUUGCAAAUUAUGGUGGAAAAUAAGUAUUUGGUCACCUACAAACAAGCAAGAAUUCUGGCUCUCACAGACCUGUAACUUCUUCUUUAAGAGGCUCCUCUGUCCUCCACUCGUUACCUGUAUUAAUGGCACCUGUUUGAACUUGUUAUCAGUAUAAAAGACACCUGUCCACAACCUCAAACAGUCACACUCCAAACUCCACUAUGGCCAAGACCAAAGAGCUGUCAAAGGACACCAGAAACAAAAUUGUAAACCUGCACCAGGCUGGGAAGACUGAAUCUGCAAUAGGUAAGCAGCUUGGUUUGAAGAAAUCAACUGUGGGAGCAAUUAUUAGGAAAUGGAAGACAUACAAGACCACUGAUAAUCUCCCUCGAUCUGGGGCUCCACGCAAGAUCUCACCCCGUGGGGUCAAAAUGAUCUCAAGAACGGUGAGCAAAAAUCCCAGAACCACACGGGGGGACCUAGUGAAUGACCUGCAGAGAGCAGGGACCAAAGUAACAAAGCCUACCAUCAGUAACACACUACGCCGCCAGGGACUCAAAUCCUGCAGUGCCAGACGUGUCCCCUUGCUUAAGCCAGUACAUGUCCAGGCCCGUCUGAAGUUUGCUAGAGUGCAUUUGGAUGAUCCAGAAGAGGAUUGGGAGAAUGUCAUAUGGUCAGAUGAAACCAAAAUAUAACUUUUUGGUAAAAACUCAACUCGUCAUGUUUGGAGGACAAAGAAUGCUGAGUUGCAUCCAAAGAACACCAUACCUACUGUGAAGCAUGGGGGUGGAAACAUCAUGCUUUGGGGCUGUUUUUCUGCAAAGGGACCAGGACGACUGAUCCGUGUAAAGGAAAGAAUGAAUGGGGCCAUGUAUCGUGAGAUUUUGAGUGAAAACCUCCUUCCAUCAGCAAGGGCAUUGAAGAUGAAACGUGGCUGGGUCUUUCAGCAUGACAAUGAUCCCAAACACACCGCCCGGGCAACGAAGGAGUGGCUUCGUAAGAAGCAUUGGCUAGGCCACUCCAGGACCUUGAAGUCUCCAGAUCUCAACCCCAUAGAAAAUCUUUGGAGGGAGUUGAAAGUCUGUGUUGCCCAGCGACAGCCCCAAAACAUCACUGCUCUAGAGGAGAUCUGCAUGGAGGAAUGGGCCAAAAUACCAGCAACAGUGUGUGAAAACCUUGUGAAGACUUACAGAAAACGUUUGACCUGUGUCAUUGCCAACAAAGGGUAUAUAACAAAGUAUUGAGAAACUUUUGUUAUUGACCAAAUACUUAUUUUCCACCAUAAUUUGCAAAUAAAUUCAUAAAAAAUCCUACAAUGUGAUUUUCUGGAGAGAAAAAAUCUCAUUUUGUCUGCCAUAGUUGACGUGUACCUAUGAUGAAAAUUACAGGCCUCUCUCAUCUUUUUAAGUGGGAGAACUUGCACAAUUGGUGGCUGACUAAAUACUUUUUUCCCCCACUGUACCAGGAUCCAUUAUAUGGGGGUAGUAGGAAAACCUCUUCAAGGCAUAGUGCAGCAUGAGUGAAUUCAAUUAAACUUUCUUGAGGUAUAUUGUAAUUUUCUGAGAUUAGAUGUUCACCACAUGAGUGAGAAAUGUAAUACUGUGUUAAUCUAUUCCUCUUCAUGGAGUGAUAUUUGAUUGCUUGCUUGUGGUCCUUUUUGAGAAAUGAUCUCAGAUGCCAGGGGGCUAAUGUGUGUUUCUGCUUCUGGAUGAGAGAAAGAGGUUGGAUCUAAUUUCAUUGCUCUCAAGGCCAUUGGUUUGUUCAUCAAAAGUGUUUGAUACAAGACAACCUGUUUCUAAAUUGAACAGGUGCUUUGAGAAAAAGCCAUUCACACUUACAACUUAUUAUCCUGUGCACAUUUUUGAAGUGACAGACAUGAGCUUUCUCUAGACCCUUUGAUCUGAUCUGUAUUGGCAUUUAAGAUGCAUUGUUUUCUGUCCAAAUGCUGAAAACAAAGUUAAUUACCAGAAUGAAUAAGUUGGGGCUGUGUGUAUUCACGAUCAAGUCACACCUUUGUGGAAGCUGUCUGUUCAUGCCUAUGAAAAUGAUUGAGUGUAUGGUACAUUUCUCUUGAACUCAUGAGUUUAUAUUGGGGGUUGGAGUCUGUCUAAAUAUGUGUGAUUUAAUUAAUCUAUUAGCUAACUCUUAAAAAGAAAGAUAUGAGACACCACAUUUCUGUCUAUCCAUCUGCUUUCUGAAAGGCUCCCCUCACAUCGCUCUGAGCUGUCCUCAUGCUGUGUAUGCCAUGUGAAUGAGUGAGAGGUGUCUUGGUUAAUUUGUCAGAACCACAGUAAUGUAUUCCUUGAAAGAGUCUGGCUUGUUCUUGACCCUAUGGCAGGGGUAGGCAACUCGAUUCAGCUGCGGGACGAUUUUUGACGAAGUUGAUGGUCGGAGGGCUGGAACAUAAUAAUUUACACAGCAAAUUGACCACAACUAAACCCAAAAAGAGAUUGUGUUUGAAAAUAACAAUCAUUUCAUACCUUUAUUAUGCUGAAUUAGCUGACUCCCCCCCCCCCCCCCCCCCCCCCCCCUUUGGGUGGCCAAAAGAAACCACCUGUUGCCGACCCCUGCCCCUGGAAGUCUGGCUGUGGUGAGGGGACGGUGCUUUAGCACCAAGCCUUUCCCAGAAGCUGACACAGGUUUCCACCAUCGCAGGCCUCUCUAAUAUGGCAGGAACUGGAGGAGGAAGAGGAGGGUCUUGAGGAGGGCCCCCGGGGCCUGUUCCGCACCAGGCUGGGGAGAAGAAGAGCAGCCAGAAGGAGGGUGGAGGGGGUGGAGGGGCAGGUGCGACGGCGGCGCCAAAGGAUCUCUGAUUAUUCCGAUGACGACUGCAUCCGAUAUUUGGUCCUGGGCACCUUGGCUGCUCUGCUAGCGUUGUUCCUGGACCUGCUCUACAGAGCCAACUGGGGCUAAGUGGCCAGUCUCACACCCUAUUGCAUACACACCCGCAUACAGACGCACAUGCAAGCUUAUACACUGAGAAAUUAAAAGUAAAAUUUAUUGCACUUUAAAUGAAAUGUCUAUGCCAUUAGAUAUAUUUUUUAUUUAUUUGUAGAUGGCCUAUAAAUCAACAUUCUGCUAAACACAUUGAAAUAAAAUGAAAUUAUACACAGGAUGUCCUUUAAUCAAAUCUAGGCUAUGCAUCAUUAAAGAGAAACCGACUGAGUUCCAAUGUAGCUUCUACUAGUUACUUUGCUCAGCAUGGCUUGGCCUGGUUGACUAUCUUUAUUUUUUUGGGCGUACUGCAGUCCAUAAUUUAGGCCCUUAAAAUCUACCCUAGAUUCUAGUUCAAGCAUACCUCAACAGAUCUCAAACGUACUCUCCCCUUUAUUUGUGUUCCUCCCAAGUCUCUCACCAUGUAGGUUUUUAGUACUAAAAUAUGAAAUGCACAUUUAAGAAAUGGAUAGGCCCACCAAGUAAUGCUGCUGAGAUGACUUGAAGGCUAUAGUGUUGAAGUCCUACUGUAAUAGUGUUCAGUUGGUGAGCGAAUAAUGCAGUGUAGUACUGCUCACUCACAGAUAUGUAAUCCUUUAGCACCACCCCAGUGAUUGUAUGAUGGGCGUAUCUGCUUGCUUGUACAGUCAUGACUUUGUACUGUAGCCUGAAGACAGCUAAAAUUGUGUUUUUGCCUUCUCAAUGAAUAGUGUUUAGACUCACUAAGCUAUUAUAUGCCUUAGCUUUUUCCUGUUUGUCAUGUUGCUGAUUAUUUUAGAUUUUAUGUUGUCAAUGGCUCUUAAUUCAGCAGGUUUAUUUAUUUCUGUCCAUACAUUUUACUUAUCCCUGUCGUACUUGUAUUGGAACUGUUUUCUCUUUGUUUCAUGAAAGCCUUUUAAACAAAAGUAACCUUUUUAAUGUGCUGCUUUGCAUUACACUUUUGGUGAAGUAGCUAGCUAUGUCCAAGCUUUAUGACUGUUUGAGAAGCGGCCUCUAAGUGCACUGAUGUACAGUAUAAACAGUUCCUAGUUUAGGAGGGAUUUAAGGACAUUAGGAAAGAGAUGCCGUCCAUCUCUCUAUAAGUUGCUACAACAUUUCAUGAUUAUCUGUGCUGCUGGUAAAUGGACUACACCCUGUAACAGUGUUGUAGUAAUAUGUUCAAGUCUUAGGGAUAUCACAGUGCAUUCUGUAAUGUCUCUCCCUUGUAGGUGGGUUUUCAGAGGCUGAGUCUAGUCACUAUAUCUGCUUUAAAUGCCCAGUAUGUGUCUGGGCACAUACACAUUGAUUUAUGCAAUCGUGAUAGUAUGCAGUACGUAUUUCAUCUAAUUUAAAAUGCAUCAUAAAAUGCAUCAUACCGGCUGUAUUUUGAAAGAUAUAUAUCUUGAAAACGUAAUUGCUGACAUGCAAAAGAUUUUGGGACUAUAUCAACAAUGGACUAAUGAAACAAAUACCAAAAGGUAGGUUUUGGCAGGAAUUUUCCUUUUAAGAGCGCUCUGUAAUUGGAAUAGUUGCUAUUAUUUAAAAAGAAAGGACAUUUCCCAGCAAUAAUUUGUUCAGGUACUUCCAUCUCAAUGCUGCUGCAAUAAACAAGCACUUGUACUGCUAUUUAAUAUAAAAUGUCAGUCUUAUGCUGUGUUAAUGAAUAUUAUUUUUCAAUCAGUUACUGUCUGGAAUCUUUCGGAUAUUAUUUCAAACAUGGAAAUUGUCCUGCCAGUUGGAAAUGAUGUUAUGUUUUAUUUUUGCUGCACAGAGUGGGUCGGUCUGUCAGUCCAGUGAUUUUGCUUUUGCAUUGUUUACAAACAGGUCUGGUCUUCCUGUCAGGUAGCUGGUCCAGAAAAGGCAUGAUUUAUAACAAUGGUUUAUUUUACAGGCCUCUAGCCAGGCACUCUUUGGGACAGACCUGGACCCUGAAGGACCCCCUCUGCUGACCCCAGAAGUGACCUCUGAGCUGUUUGCACACUCUGGAGAAUGUGCUGCUCCGUCCUACAGCAACAUGGAGGAGGUGGACUAGGGCAUGGCUGAGACGCCAACGACAUGGCAUAAAGUUCCAGCUGUGGAAAUAUUCUCCUCAGUAAAAGACACUUCAGUGCUUACUAAUUAACUCGGCAUCUUUAGGGUGUCCCCUCAGUGGUGCAAUGCUAGAAAUUAAAGAACUGGUUCUGUGGCCGAAAGACCAGCACAUGUACCCGUCACCACAGAUGCGGUGGACAGACCCACAGACUCACACAUUUUCCACGUUCAUCUGUAUUUACACAUCAACUGAUACAGACCAACUCAUACUGUAUAUGUAGGAAUAUCCAUGCAAUGCAUUUCCUCACACAUACUAAACACACACACAAAUACAAACAGCAUGUUUGCACUUACAACAAAAGCCUCCACACUCCUGUUGUCCUAGAGCCCCCGGGUUGCAGCCCAUUGUUGGCUGAUAGAAGAGAAGUGCUCAACAGCCCAUCUAGACAAUGUUGGUGGCCCUGCCGCUCACAAAUGCACCUUUGUUUGGGUAUCCCCUAAAACGCCACUUGAAAUGACACCUAUUUAUCCCAUGAUCAUGCUUUGGCUCAGAGGUCACAAAGGGAGGUCGCCAACACCAAACUAAUUCCCCCCCCACAACAACAGCCUGUUGUGAAUGAGGGGAAACGGUGAGGUGGGAGGAUGGGAGAUGUGUCUGUGUAAGCAUUUGUUUGUGUUUUUCUUUGAUACUUCUCAUUGAGGUAUUGCCUGGUCUGAUGUGUUUUGUGAUUUUUGUUGGAUUCUGUAAGCUGGGUUGAAAUUGUAGCAAUUGAUGUAAAAGUGUGAUGGUGCAUAAAUUAAAGGUAGACUCAGCGAUAUG